AGAAGGUCUAGCGCCCCCCUAAGUUGACAGUCGUAACCCUUCAUCCAACCCACGGGGACAGGACCGCUGCUCUGUCAGUUUCUUUCCCCGCUCUUGAGCGCCGGGCGAUGCGGUGCUGAGCAGGCGUGAGCAUCGUGAAGGACACACGGACGGACGCGUUUGCCCGCUACGGAAGGUAAGGACACGGGCAGCAGUGGGCAGGAUGAAUUAAAGCUGCAGGUUUUGACAUUAUUUCCAGUGAAGCCGGGCAUUGCAUUUUGACAGCUGGGAAAUCAGCGUUGUUUACAACAGACUGAGUGGGAUGUGGAGAUGGGAUGGAGCUUGUGCGUCCCUCCGCAAUGCAGCCAGACCUGGAAACGAUUCUAGUUCUCAAAAAUCUGCGUUUUGCAUGUUUGUGCUGUAAUGACAGAUGCAAAGAGAUACCGUGUGUGUAAUACCUGACUUAGGGUGGUGUGGUGGAUGUGAUGUUGUUACAUGAGCUGCUGCACAUCCUGGCAUGCACUUCCCUCCCCAAAAAUAAUCGAUGGGUAGAGCAGAUGUAAGGGUGUUGUGAUUUGUUUCAGCCCCAAAUAGCACACCUUCUCUAAAGUCUCAAGUCUGAGUAUAAGAUUCAUUAUUAAUAAGACCUCGCCUGAGGCCAUAGUCUUUUAGCUCCGCACAUACCGAUGAUUCAAACUGCCGCCUGUCUUACAGCCAAGAGAUUAGGAAGCACCCGACUGUAAACACUUUGAUCUGGGCUGAACUGAAACGCAUGUGUCGGUGUCGGUGCUGCGGUGGAUUGAAACGUUUCGUUCGGCUCUGACAUCUUUACCGGCAGAAUGAGCUAAGGUACUAAGCAAUGGCCCAUUGCAGGGUUAUUCCGGUAAGACGUCAGGUGCAGGAGAAGGUGUCAUGGGCGCGUCCUAUACUCACCAGACUGAGCUCCAGUGAAGUGGGCAAUCUGAUCUGGCUACAUGUUGCCAAAGUAUGAUCUGGGGACCUCCAGACAUUUUGGAGAUAGGUAAGACGAAUCCACAUCAUGAAGCUAAAGGAUGGAGAGUAUUUCUCAUUUUAAGUCAUCGUUGGAGAGGAUGAUGGAGAUUUUAGUUCAAACCAACCUUAGGAUCUGCAUGACUGAGAGUUUGGAUAUGUAUUCCUGUAAUGUAUGGGCAGCAUUUCUAAGUAAUUGUUUGCAUUUGUUUCAUCUUAAUAGCUACAGUGGCUUUGCUCACUGCUGAAAUGUCUCACGGUGGAGUUAUUAUGCCCAUAGAGAUAUUUUCUUCCAUGACCUUUCUAUCUCAUUAUAGGUUGAUAUUUCUGUAAAGGCAGGGUUAUUGUUUUCAACAUGUUGCUCGGUUAUUCCGGUAAGAUAUCAGGUGCAGGAGAAGGUGUCAUAGGCGCGUCCUAUACUCACCAGACUGAGCUCCAGUGAAGUGGGCAAUCUGAUCUGGCUACAUGUUGCCAAAGUAUGAUCUGGGGACUUCCAGAUAUUUUGGAGAUGGGAAAGAGGAAUCCACAUCAUGAAGCUAAAGGAUGAAGAGUAUUUCUCAUUUUAAGUCAUCGUUGGAGUGGAUGAUGGAGAUUUUAGUUUAAACCGACCUCAGGAUCUUUUUGGAUAUAUUCCUGUAAUGUAUGUGGGUCAAUAAGGUUUUUAAAAAUGCCAGUUUUAUUUUGUAUACAAAAAUUUAUGUUACAUUUUCAAUUUACACAAUUUUAGUGUUUUUUCCUAUAGAUGAAUUGCCCGUGGCCUUAAAAAAUGUCAUGUGGUGCGACCAUAAUUGAUCUCAAAUUUAUUACAUUUUUUCAACAUACUUAAGAGUUUUUUAAAUUGUCAGUAAUAUCAAGUAGAUAGAAACAAAGUGUUUGCAUUUUAUUUGUUCAUUAUCUGUUAUUAAUGUUUCAAAUAUAGAAAUUAGAUAUUUUAGUUUGUAUUUAAUACAAUAAAUGUUAUUAUUGGUUGCACCACAUGAUAUUUCGACACUUUGAAGUUCAGAAAAAUUACAAAUAAGACCUGAUUUUUGAAGAGUUGAGGUGACUACAUAUAUGAGAGAGACACUACAUAUAGAAGGUAUAUUUUUGUGCAUUUAAACCUUUUUUAACUUAAAAAAAAAUACAGCCGGACAGAAUAUUUAGGCAUCACGUCAUUGACCCAUGUGCAUUUCUAAGUAAUUUUUUGCAUUUGUUUGAUCUUAAUAGCUACAGUGGCUUUGCUCACUGCUAGAAUGUCUCAUGAUAGAGUUAUUAUGCCCACAGAGAUAUUUUCUUCCGUGACCACUCUAUCUCAUUAUAGGUUGAUAUUUCUGUAAAGGCAAGGUUAUUGUUUUCAACAUGGUGCUCGGUAAUAGCUUGAGUACACUGCUUAGAGGAUAUUUCUCUCCGCAAUUGAGAGCAGAGUAUCCUUUAAACCCACAGCAUUCCACUGCGCUGUAAUGAGUCUGUAAUUUUGAUUUACGAUGUAAUCAAUAACAACAAACUGGAGGGGAAUUAUGACUCCUAAUGGACCUCUUGGUUUUGCUGUUCACACUCGCAGGGAUGUUUUGGUUUUGUGAUGGGCAGAGCUGGCUUCAUCUAGGCGUGUCUUUUUGGAUUAAUGGUUUCAAGGAGUUAUUUGUCCCUGAUGGAUCGAAGUGUACAGAUUGCGUCUCCACUCAUUUAACUUACCUAUGCAUUGUAAAAUAACGUGUACUUUUAGAUGAUGACCCCCCUCCUGCACCUGGACCCUGCACAGAAGUGUUUUUGACCCAUAUUUUCAUGUCAGCAUUUGUCUUAGUAUCCCCAUCUCACUAAAUCAAAGCCAUAAAUGUGGCACAAAAUGUCAAAGGGAUUCCUCAGCCGACUGUCAGGUGGGCACUUUAUGAAUCUUGUAAGCCUGUGUGCUGCUAAUGCAUCCUGUGCUGUCCUGUGUACACCCUAAGGACAUGCAGACCCUCUCCUUCAUGCUAGGUGGAUGAAAUCACUCAGCUCAGAAGUAGGCUAACCUACUGUGUGCAAAAGCUUCACCUUACAUAUAUUAUUCUGCUCUGGACACAUGGAAAAUGAGCUUUAAAUUUUGUCAUAAGCUGCUCCCUGCCUGCAAAUUAGCUGUAGGGCUUCAAUAGUUUGCCCAGCCUGCAUGACAAAAAAACUUUUUACAUAACCCAGCGCCCUGCAAGAUAUGGAUGUUCCGUGAUGGAUUUGAAGGGUACAGCCUCAGCCUUUAUUAGUGUCACAGCCAAAUGAAUCAACUUAGCUGUACCCUUACUUCUCUGGUUUGAUGCUCCAAUCACACACGUGUGUCAUGUAUUGAGAUGGACAGGCUAACCUCACCUGAGGCAGAAGAUAGAGCUGUCUUUGACCUUCCCAUUUUCGCUUCACUUCAGUCGGAAUGCAUUCAUGAACAUGUCUAUGAAGGUGAGAGGGUUCGCUUUAACUUAUCUGAUGUAUGAAUUUUUUGGUCCAGGCCUGUCAAAGACACAGGGAUUUUCCUCAUAUAUUAUUUGAAUAUUUUUUUAUGUCCUUGAAAUACCAAUGUCUUGAGUUAAGCAUGAUUUUGGUACUCAAAGCAGAUCCCUGGAUGCUUGCCAUCAAAGAUUAAGGUAAUUCUAAAGGCGUUUUAGGAGAUAAGAUUCGAGUCUAGAUGUCCUUUCAAGUCUUUGGCAACAAAUUCCCGGGCAAAGAGUCAAAGAAUUAAAAGACCAAGAUCAAUUUUGUAUGUGGUUUUUAAGUAGGCUCUAAACUGAUCGGAAGUGUUGGCAUUUGGCAGCUAGAGGACUAGUUUGUGUGAUGCUGUUUGUUUUGCCACCCUGAAUGUAGAGUAAGUCAAGCUGUUCAAACUAAGUACCUCAUGACAACCUAUGUCAAUGUUCUGGUGAAUUCAGGAGGAAAGGAUACAGCAUGAGGAUUCAGGCCAAGCAGAUGAGCAUUUGUGUACAUAAACACACAUGCACAGAUGCACAAACACCAGCAGCUUUUAUUGCUGUAACUGUCUUCACUGCCUUUACAAGUGCUUCGCUCUGUCCUGCUGACAAAACAUGUGGUGUUCUCGUCUUGAUGCUUCCUUUAAAUUGCUCAGCAAUUUACGCGCCUGCAAUCAAUAGCGAGCUCCACUAAUGGUACGGCAGGGAGGCAGAGACGUGACGUCUUCUGUGUUUGCCUGGAGACAGACCUCCUCUCUGUUCAUGCCUGUAGAGGAGAAAGGGCCUCAGUCCCCAUCUGCCAUGCCUGGCUGUCUGAAUGCAGUUUGCACUCAGCCUGCCAUUGAUUCCCCCACUGUGGACUCUGCUCUUCUGCAUGCACGUGACCUGAUAGAUCUUCUGCGGAGAGGCUGAGCUAAGUGGGAAGAACUCACAGGCACAACGCUCUCACAUCACACUUGUUGAUUAUCUGUCAUAUUUCACCUCUGUAAGAACAAAUUACAUUCAUGCUGUGCUUUUAUCAAUUUUGUUAUCAUCAUUUUGUUAUCAGCAGUGACAUUUGUUUUCUGAGUAAAGCUAAAGGAACCAGGUUUAAACUGAGGCUGUAAGUGAAGUUAUUGAGAGACACUCAUGUUAAAAAAGCUACUGUUUUAUAAAAAUGUUUGCAGAUUUCAAGUGUAAAUGCUUUAUGUCUCUUAAAGGCAAAACAGUGCAGCUCUUCAUAGACUGAACGUUGAUGUGGUAUUUAUUCUGUGUUUUAAAUAUUGUAUAGUAGAAACGAUUAAUCCUGAAAAUAGGUCAGAUUAUUUGGUAUCAAAAGUAAUCCCCCUUUUUUUAGCCUUAAUGCAGCACCAACAUUAGUAGCCAGAUGUAUCUCUUAAUCACCCUACAUUGUUUUAGAAGUAAAGCCUGUCCUCUUAAAUAUGUCCGAUUGUUUGACUGAGUCAGAUUUGAGGUUCUGUUCCUGGGGCCACCAAUGCCCCUUUGAAUUUAACAAUCUUGAAUAUUCACCCCCGGCCCUUCAGGAGGCUAGUUUCUUUUAACAGCCAGCCUGCAAAUGAAUAAUCACUCAGCCUAAAUGUGCACACAGAUGCGUGUAUGUAAGUGUGACUCAUGUAGCUCUUGUGUGUUUCAUGAUUUCUAUCUGCUACAAAUAAAAGUAUGAAAUACAUCCAGCAGAAACGGCCCUUCAUGGAUUCACUCAGAGGCAUGAAGUUAAAAAUAGAUGUAUUUGAUAUCAGCGACUGGAUUUCUCUCUGUGUAGCAUUAAAGCUCAAGAAGAAUGAUGUUAUUCAAUUUUAACAAAGCCUAAAAAAGUGUUUUUAAAGAAGUGGCUUGGCUGUUCAAGCAUGGUAGAUAAAACUCCACUCAUGAUACAACUUCAAGUGUCUUCUAUCCAAGAACAUUAAUCUGUUUUUCUUCUUCUUAUCAGUGAUUUUAUUUGUUGAUAAGAAGCUGAGCUUCCUCAGUGACUUGUGUGGCCUCUGCGGUUUGUCGAUCUGCCAAAUGGAUGUCUCAUUCAAAAUCCGGUUAUUCCAUUAAGAUAAUGUGGACCGGACAAGCAGGUAGUGUACGGAUAUUGUCAGUUAUCUCUUCCCUGCCACUCAAUGGGGGAAAUAAGAUGACAUUGAUCAAUGUCACCAGAGUUUUGGCAUGAGGCAGGGAAAUGACUCAUGCCCAGUGACAAAAGGUUUGUUAGUGGUCAGUGUGCUGAAGGUAAAAAGUUCACCACUUUGAAAUAACUUCAGUAAUAUUCACAGAAAUCAUUUAUUAAUGAAGCUACUGAUGAACUGGGUGAAUGAUAGAUGUCCUGAGUGAUUAAUUUAUGGAUUUACAGGCCAUCUGUGUGUGUGUCUGAUGGUUUAGUUUGAACUGAGUGUCUUCAGGACAUGCUUUUGGCUGCGUUUAAGAACAGUAGAAAGAAAUCUGAAACUAGGUUACACUUGACAAGAUUUCACUCCUUUUCUCUGAUUUGUCGCUCGGGCUUCUCUGAGAUAUUUUUAGACUGUACAAUCAAAGUAAAUCUUUGGGGAUUUAUGGACUCAAUUAGAAGGAGAUUACAAAUGUGUGCCCUCUGCCUGCUCGUUCCUGUUAACAGCCUGAUCAGCCUUUUGGAAAAUUUCACAUAAUAUUGACUUUUUUUUUCUUUUACAUCAUGUCAGCACAGAAAAUUGUUUGUUUGCCUAUUAGCAGGGACCCAAUCUCACAGGUUUAUGGCUAUUGAAUUUCAGAAGUAUCAAGGCCUGUUUGCUCAUCAAACAACUAAUUACAUUUUGGUUGUUAAGCAGCGCUGUAGAGGUCCUACCCCUGUAGGUGUCAGAUUUCCUCUUUUGCAAUUAUUUUACAUUACACUGAGCAGAAAUGUUGGGAUACACAGCGGACUGACUUCUCUCACGGGGGUCUUGAGCCAUCUGUUUGUACAGCUUUGCAUGCGCACUCGGAUAUGCAUUGUUUACAGUGCUGUCGAAGCUGUGCAGUCAGACUACACUGUACGCUUUUAUACUCCUGCAAUAGAUCAUAAAGAUUGUUUUUUUAAUUAUUAUUUUGCAUUAUGAUUAAGACAGACAUAAUGUAGUAUAUGUUUGUGAUGUUGUCUUCAUCCCACAUCACUUUUUGAGUAUUUUAAUCUACAUGUAUUUUAGAAAAGUAUUGAACCGUGUUGUAGAACUACUGUAAUAACAGUGGUUGCUUUUCCUACCUAAAUACAUUUAAAUCCCUUGAUACACAGUGAAUUAUUUCGUUACCGUCGCAUGAAAGCUUGUGUUUAGCAUCAUUGAGGAGAUUAGAUUACCCCUGCAGCCUUCAUCAAUGAUACUCUCGGUAAUGGGCUGCAUUGUUUCGGACUUAAUCCACUGUAAUCUCAGUUUAUCGGUGGAUUGAGAAAGCUUACUGUAGUUUCAGCAGCUUGCACUGUUAUCUUAUAGUACUGGGGAUAAAGAACAAGCCCAGAACUGUCCAAUUAGGCAAGAAAGCAUCUUCCUCACCGGGGCAAAGCUACUCUUGGGGCCCUUGAGCAAGGCCUGUUGCUAUGGCGCCAGGAUCAUGUGUAGAAGACAAGAACACAACUUCAUCCACAUGCUAGUUCAGUGUGCAAAACUCGCAAGUAUAACCAGCUUCUUCUGUUCUUCUGCAUGUUGCUAUGUUGCAGUGGUUUAUGCUAGUUGUCAGCUCAGCCCUGUUGCUGUGUUAGCAUGCUAAACCGGAGACAAGAACUCCCCCAGAGGUUUGUGCUGAAAAUAAUGAAUGACUGGAGGGGGUCAAAAGGGGUUCUUCCACUAAUCAAAAGCAUCCUUGGCGAGAGGCAUACCAGUUCUUUAGCUGGCUGACCCCUAGCCUUCUGUGGGAGGGACUGUAUGUGUGAGAGGUGCAUGGGUAGAGGCUAAUCGCGCAGAGAGCCCAAAGGCGAAGGCCUCCUUGCACGUGGGAUGAAUACUGAAGAAGCUGAGCUCUUGGGAAGCCUCAUUAUACAUUUAGGGGCGUCCUGUUUUCCCUCUCUCUGGACAGCUGGACAGCUAAAUUGUUUGUGGAUCAAUAGUUUAGCUUCCUACUGGCUCCACAGAGUGAGUGAAGUGCAUUUAAACCUAAGAAAUCCCAUUACGCUUGGCAGAGAUGGGAAGCAUAGCACUAUAGGGGCCUCGGCAAGUGCUAUUGCCAUGCCCAUUAUUCAAUCUCCCUAUUUGUUUACCUGCAGUGCUUCUGCUGGGACCACCCAAACUUAUUUAAAGCUCAUGUUAUCAGAUUUUUUUCGAUUUUUAUACCCAGUCCCGGCCAUGAAUAUCCUAGCAUUGUAUUCCCAUUUGGUAUUCUUCUAAAACAAUGCUACGAGCACUGUGUUUUAAAUCAUUUAUCCGAUGCUGUCAGUUUUUGGGAUUUUGCUGCUUAUUAUGACCAGAGCCUGGCUGCAGCCUGUCUGUAUUGAUUUAAAAGUACUUUUAAAAAGCCUGGUGUUUUUCAGUUCAGCACUCUGGUUAUGUAAAAUGCAGAUAGAGAGAAGGGGUAGAAAGAAACGCAAAGGGGUUCCAGGGUAUAAUGAGAAACAGAGGGAAACAAAACAUUUGGAGCUCCCUCUUCAUUCCUUAGAUCAGUGUAACCAGAAAUAAAAGCUGUGGCUGGUGCAGGCUCGGGGCUGUGGGCAGCCGCUGUCCUCUCCUGGCUCUCUGGCUGUGCUGCCGGUGCAUUUGUGUUUCACUGGUCAGCCUCCGAGCACCCGGGCCCAAAGCUGCAUCCCUACAUGAAGAGCCCAUUGAUGCCGGCUACAUUAGCAUUCGCUGCGGGCGAGCACGACAAACAGGUUGGUCUCCCGUUUCACACUUACAGACCUGUUCUCUCUGGAUGCUCUCAAAGGGCCUUAAAUCACCCCACUUGUUGCAUAGCUAAUGUGCGCAUGAAAGAGGUCAGACAAUGCCUAUGUGGCCUUCUUUGGUACUCUUAGUUUAAGGCCUUGCUUUGCCAACUGCCACGUAAUGGCACCGGUUUUUCAGCUGGAGUGACACUGUCACAUCUGGCUCGCAAACGCACAAGGCGAUGACGUAACAAUCUGCGUCAUGCCCUCCCUUUAAGUGCUAGCGGGACAAUACACCAGCACUAAUAGCUUCCGACAAACUAGCCUAAAAUGUCCCCAAACAAAAGUUGUUCCCUUUCAGUUGGCAUAUCAUUAUUCAGCUCCGAUCCCAGCAUUCGGAGGGAAUCUGGCUGACUUAUGCAUGAGACUUGUGCACUAAUUAUGCUGCAGAUUUUUUCCCCUUCAGCUGCAGGAGCUUCUGUUGCAAUCUGCUAAUUCAUGCUGCUGACAUUGUUAUCACAAUUUUACUUAGCAACAGCAAAUUGCCCCCGAGAAGACGCAGGCCCCCAUGAUAAAUAACACAUGCAAUGUUGGUGUUCACCAUCUCUGUUUUUAAUUAACAUGAGUCAGAUGACUACUGUUUCAGCAAGUCACGCUGAUGCCAAGAGAGAGUAGGAGAGGCCAGCUUCUCAUUAUGGAUCUGUUUCUCCUGGACACGUCUCUCUCUCACUGUGGAGGAAUGUAUAUGAACUGUAAACAGGCAGAUAAGGGAGAUGCAAAUGGAGAUAACCCUCUUAUUGCUCUCAUUACUGGGCGUCUAGACGGAGGGAGGUGCGAGCAAUCACAACAUCACUUCCCUCCUCGGCUCUAAUUAACUCUCUCAUUAUUCCAUGGAGGAAAACAAGCCAUGUAUGCAUAUUGAUGGAGCAUCUUUUCAGAGUUCAGUAGAGCAGACUGCUGGACAGCCUCCAUACUGUGUGUGUGGACGUGGUGGUGAAGUGUGUCAGUAGGAAAGCGGCCUUUGUCACGGGUUGGAUUAAUUCAUGGGGAAGGUGUAAUGGCAGUGUGUGAAAGAAAGGGCAUCCAGAGGUGAAUCUGACCCGAGGAAAGAGCACUGAAUCCUUUUUUUAUUCUGGUGCUCUUUCAGUGACACACACACACACACACACACAUGUACACACACACACCCUACCCAAGCAAUACUCCGGCUCUUAUCUGCAACACACAGCUCCACUCAUGCUGUACACACAGGGCCGUAGUGUGUGGAGGACAGACUGAGUGAAGGGCACAGCAUCAUAGUCAGACAAACAGACCCCUAUACACACUCACAAACACACACGCACAUACACAUACAUGCACAAUGGAUAGAAAGAGGAGGGGGGGGUUGUACUUUCUUAAUUCCCCUGCACCAGAGGACGGCAAGACAAAGCGAAACACUGCUCCUCUGUGUGACCGUAGGGGGAUGGAAAGUUCUCUAUAUUAAGAGACUGCUGGAGCACUUAAUGUCAUUCACAUUGACCCGUGACCAACCAGAUUAUGAUUUGACUCCAGCACAAUGAAAUGGAAAGGUUGCAAAAAAAAUGAAUGCAGGCACCUUUUACUGUAUAUAUUAUUAGGUUUUAGUUUCAAUAAUUGAUGAACCAUAUGUCCAACAAAGGUUAUUCAAACAUAACCAGAGAAUGCUGGCAAGAAGAGAAAUAAAGAUAUAACUGUUGAUGCAUCUGAUCACAGCUACUGUGUGGACCUCCAGGCUGGUUAUAAAAUUGGUUGAAAUCAAUACUUAUGACUCUAUAUGAUUAAAGAUUGAUGUUUCCAUGGAGUCGUUUUUAAUAUCUGUAACUAGGAAAGUCCUGAAGCGAACUGGUUAUAAGCAUAGACUGUAUAUAGAAUGGACAGAGUCUGCCUCCUCGCUGGGUGAAGCCACCGUGAGAACAGCACCCUCUGGUGAUUGGCUGCAGAGCAGGUCAUAAAUCCCGCCUCCUCCAGCAAUCCCUAUGGAGCUGCUGCCAAACUUUAGAAAUUAUUUAAACAGAAUAUACAUUUUUCUCCCCCCUGGUUGCGAUGUUGGUAUGUAGUUAUUGUAAGACUGGUUUGUGCUCAAGUCCUCUUUUUUCUGUACAGCUCCAUUUUUAAAAGUUAUUAGGGGGUUCAUGUUUUCUAUGAUUGACACUUGAUACAGUCUAUGGGUGUAUGAAGUUUGCUAAGCUUACCUGGGGGAUGCGCUGUUUGAGCCGAGUGUCAUCAGAGCGACUCUUGGCGACUCUCUCGCCCAAAGUGGUGGUUCCAGUAAGUGGAGAAAAUUCCGGACGUGCCGAGAGCAAUAUGACUUCAAACUCGAAUAAUGGCGGAGGGCGGAACCAAGUGGUCCAUAGUAUAUACAGUCUAUGGUUAUAAGCCAUUUUACUAGAUACAGCCUGCAUACAUCUGUCUCUGUUUUCUGAUCUGAAGCCUCCCAAACUGUGCUGCACUCAAAGAAACUCUCUGUGCUUGUUUGCAUCUAGGUAGUAGAGCAUUAUAGCAUUUUGAGAGUAGCCAUUGACUAGUAGAGUAGAGUAGCCAACUCUGUGCCUGUAAUUACAACAAAAGUAUUGAUAAUCCCCUGAAACCUCCUGGAGUCUGGAAAAAACUAGCUGGAAGAUUAUGUUUUGACGGUAAACUGCAAAGUAAUACCGUAUAUUCUAUUCAUCAAUAGUCUUAAAAACACUGUAAAUGCUGUUAAAACAAGAGUAGUGACAAGAAUUCUUACAAAAAUAUUUUAAUAAGUACUAAAAUGUUUCUCAAAGCUGUAGUUUUACUCAGGCAGAGGCAUGAAUAGAACAAUGUAGGUGAAAGGGCCCUGUGAGUUUUCUAGGGCAGUCUAACAACAGCAUCUGUUUGAGGGAAUAAUGUAUGAACAGUCUCUUAACCUAGUUUAACUUUGCUGCUGCCACUGGAGGAAACUUGUUAUCGGAGAAGUUUCUUUAUCACAUUUGGACUCGGUGAAAAUAAAUAACUUCAUAACCGUAAAGCAACGAUUUCCUUCUGUUCAGGGAUGUUUGCUUUGAGACCACACUUUUAGCCUCAGAACUAUCGACUGAGCAGGGCUGCUUGAUCAUGGGAAAAAAACAUAAUUCUGACUAUUUUUAUUGAUAUUGGAAGGAGGAUUAUUGUACACGAUUACAUUUGAAUCGGCAUCUGCAUUACAUGCUUUCAUAUAACUUUGAAACUCUUUAAAAUUGAAACACUCUGACCAAUAUUGAUGAGUGAUAAAAUUACUCAUCUUAUAUUGCUUACCAGACUGAUCUGAGCUCAUGAUGACAAAGUGAAGGUGAGAGCUGUCACGGGGAAAGGCAGAGCGCACGCUCUGAAGAGAGGGAAGGUGAGUAUCAUUUACCAUAAAGGACAAAACAAGCAUGAAACAGUAGACGGGAUCAUAUUGGUCAGUUUGGAUCGUCAUGUUUGUUAUGAUCAUGGGGAAUCAGAACUGUAAUCAAAAUUGAAGCCCAGCUUUGUACUGAGUGAGUUUCUCACGGUCUUUCAUCGUGAUCUAAGCACUCCCUCUGUUGUUCUUGUUGUUGGUUGAGUGGGCACCUGUUCGACUCUAUGCGCCAUGAUCACAUGAUGUGACUUGGCCAAGAGGAACCAGAUGACUCAGGUUUUUGCACAGGCUGUGCUCAUUGUCAGUCCAUACACACACACACGUACAAACACAUACACACUCUGCUUAUCAACAGGCUGCCUGACUGUGACCAUGUGCUCAGAAGUAAACACAGGUGACUGAGUCUGUUUACAAAGUCACUGUGCACAUGGAGGUAAACAGGGGUUGAUGCUACAUUUAGAGACGAUGUUUAUCCUUUUUUCCAAAGUUCCUACAUGCAAUUUAAACAUCCUCUUUUGACAAACCUAGACGAGAAAGCAUUAAUAGGAUAAUGUGUCCACACUCCAUUGUCUAUCAAAUAAUGGCUGGUCCCAGCUGCUACACUUAGGCUCUUGGCGCUGUGAAAAAGGGCUCGUGCUGACUGUUUUAAAUCGAACACUGGACUCCUCGAGGAAGGAGUGCUCCAGUGCCAAAUAACAGGGGAAUAUUAUUUUACACAUAAAUGCACCCAUUGAGGGAGACAGUGGAGCUCGCAGUGGCGCAAGUAGUGGAGGAAGACUUCCUGAUGGGUGGGCAUGAAUAUGCAUGGCCUGGCAAAGAAGCAGUGGCACAGACUAAUACAGUAUGGCAGUCAAUGGUUUCACAGAGCAGGCACUCUGUCAUGGACUUUCAACUCUGGAGGAGGUGUCUGAGCCUCUUGUUCGAGCUGUCCAUGCCCUCAAGUGCCACUACUACAAUCUGGGCGAGAAAAACCUUGUAGGAGAUCAGAUCUUUCCAGUUCACUGUUGUGUGAAGUUUUCUAAUGUUUCCUCACUCAAGUGUUUAUUAGUGAGGGCUUGAGGUGUUUCCAUUUUUAAAUAAAAGAUUGUCCUUGUGUUUCUUUUUGGGAUCCUUCAGUUAUGACUUAUUUUAAUGAACACCCAAGUAAACAAACCAACAAAUGCACCCUGAAAAAUGCCUGAGAUUCUCUAAAACCUCUUCAUUUUGUCCAGAAGAAGUAUGUCACCCAGGCAGCAGCAGUCUGGCAAGGAAUUUGUUUCCCUCCUUUUAUCCCUUUCAGGAAUAAGCUGUCAUCCCUCCACAUCUGCCUAUGAGAGAGAUUAGGAAAUAGGAAACAGCACAAGUAAACAAAUAUGUGCAGAGCUUGCUGUCAAGUCCUGAAAGCUGCAAAUUGCACAAUGCUGCCCUUGGCAAUAGUGCUCCUGCUGCAACGUUGAAGCUACAGUGGUGUUGGCUAACACCAACUGUAGUUUCAGUAAAUUAAAUCAUCAUUCCCAAAACAUCAGCGCAUCCAUCAUGCUUCUGUUUUCUUCUGGGUGUAGCUUCAAGUUUUGACAUGAGCAUGUGUUUUGAAGGUCUUCUUUAAGGGGUGAGAACCUAACCUAGCAGGAUGUAGCUGUUUGGGAAAGAGACUGUGUUUUGGUUUGAUAUAAAGCAGCAGUUUGAGAUGUUUGUGGAUUUACAGUUUCUCACCAAGACCCCUUAAAGCUCUCGGCACAAAAGGACACUUUUUCACUUUUUAAAAGGGUCUGUGCAGAGCAGACUCCUUCAUAAACAGAGAGCCUUUUAUGACGGUGAAGUGAGUGACAGUCUAAUGGUAAAAUUAUAUCCCUGCUGGGUUCUUUUUCUGUGAAGUGGGAAAGAAAAGAAAAAAGCACAGUGACAUGAUAAUGGCUGGAACUCUCCACAUUUAUGUCACAGAAGCUCUUUAAGUCAGGAACUUAUUUUUAAGGAUGUUCUAUAAAUAUUUUCUAAUGUCAACAACCUUGUGACUUUGGAAAUAUACAGAAACUCUAACAGCGUUAGCUUAUUUAUCUUACACUCCAUUACUCUGCUGCUUUGUACCCCAGUGUGUACGGUGUUUUAGAUUAGGACGAUGGUAAAUAUUAUUUGUUAUUUAGGUUAAGGUAAAUAUCAUUGUUAUAUUUUUAAUGUAAAUACUAGUGUUUAUUUUAUUUUAUUAUGAUUCCUUUAGGUCUUAGUUAAAGUUUUUUACUGUUUGUUCUUUAUGGCUGAUACCGGGUCCUCAGUUUUAGUUUCAAUCUUUUUGUUUGCUGACUAGAAUGACAAAUAAAACCUUUGAAUCCUUAUUUCUAUUUUCAAUAGACUUUCAUAGGUUUCCUGAACACACAUUCAUGGAGGUCCUGCUGGUUGAUUAGUUCUUUCUCUAACAUGCUUUAAAGCCAAACAAUUUGUUUGACUGCAUUGAAAAUACCAAACUGGAAAAAAGUCUUCUCUCAUAUUUCCAAGUAAAUAGGUGCAGUGGUGGUCAAUCAACAGAGAGAAAACAGAGAGACAGAGUAGAGUUGAAGAAAACAUAGCAGUAAAAAUGAAAGUUAAGACUUUUUCUGUGAAGUAAUUUAUCAGCAUGAAGCAGAACAGACUUGUUAGAAAUGGAACAUAAUAUUCUUAAGUGCAUUAAAUUUGUGUAUAAUUAUCUGAGUAUAAUUGAUUCAUUUCUUAUUCUGCAUCAGUAUACCCAUGAAUAUACAUAUGUAUUCAUAUAAAUACCUAUCUAAGGAGUGGAUCUGCCACCAAGAGGUUGCUACACAGUCGCCCUUUGAGAACGUACUGUGUUCACAUCUUUGCAAACGUGCAGGAAGGUACCCGAUUUUAAUGUUGUGCUUCUUCUAUUUCCUCUAUUCAAGACACUCAAACUCUCUGCAUUCACAGGUUGGCAUGUACUGGAGUUUGUUUGUUCCUUUUGGCAUAUAAGAAAGACAGAUGUCAUAUUAAGGUCUGUUGCAAGCAGACUGAGAUUCAAGGAUGUCAAAUGGACCCAUUUGUGUUUUCUUUUUUUUCCCGUUACUUCCUGUAGGCUGUGGACUGUCAACAAGAAUGAUCAAAUUAGUAAGACAGUGAGAAAACACAGACUUAGUGGGUACUCACGACUUGAUGUCAUACCAUUGUGGUACUUUGAUAUCUACCAUGAACUGUGGUCGAGUUUAGUCCAUGCCUGAUUCAAAGACUUGGUACAAACAGUCAUAUUAUUAAGUCCUGUUUUUUAAUGAUUGAAAGGAACAGGUGCUUGGCUGUUUGAGUUUAAAUGACAAAAAAACAGAUAAAAGAUAUUGACUCUUUGAAGAAGUGGACAGACCAGGGUGUGAGCUCCAGACAGGCUGGGUAAGUUAGAUAACACCUGACAAAAGGUAAGAAAACAGAUUACCACCAGAUUUGCACAUUAAGUGGGAUGUGUCUGUGUGAGAUAAUGAGGGGAACAACAUCGUAUAAUCAUCCUAGUUAUCAUGUUGAUUGAUUUCUGCAGUGAUACUGAGGUGGAAAGGAGAUUCUGCUGUCUGGAUUUAAUGAAAGUGAAAUCAAUCAGAGCACAAGUCGAUGUGGAUGUGAUGCUGAGGCUGUUUAUAAAUGCGUGGUCACAACCAAAGCAGCGAGUUCAAAAUCUAACCUUGUGUCUGAACUUUGGUGAAGCCAAAGCUUGUAAAGCUUGUAUACUGAUGAAAUACCACAUUAUAAGCUGAUAGAUACAGAUCAUACAAGGAUGUAUUGGUCUGAACAUUAUUGCCCAUGUAGAGAAUAGCCAAGUAUUAAUGAUAGCUGAUGUUGUUCCUCUGCCUUUCUCAUAAGGAUCUCCUAACAGGAAUACUACCUAUGACGAGGAGGCAGGAUUGUAUUUGCAAAUCAAUACCGUUCGAUUGAUCCGCCCUGUCUGACUCAGAUUUACCUGAGCUCCACUGACACACAUUGAUUCAUCUCCUGAUGGACUUCAUUCCUCACACACUAUUCUUGGUGUACCAACACAAGAGCGGAUGAACUCGUACAUAUCGGUGAUUGGCUGGUGUCUCUGUUGCAGCCAUACAUUUGUCACUUUAUCCGCCUCAGUGAAAAGCAUUUUCUUUGGCUUGUGACUGACGUGCAUUGUGUUUGUUACAUGGAGCGUACAUGUUUUUCUGCAAUUUUACAAUCAGGCUUGCUGGUGUUGAGAAGUUGCAGCCGGUGUUGAAGCGAGGAAACACUCGUCUGACAUGUCGACUACUCACUCACUCACACACCCAUCCACCCACACACUCACUCAAUCGCUCUGGAGUUGCUGGGUUUCUCUGGCAAAGCCUUAAAAAUUGAACAGUGUGUGGACGAGGGGAUUGUUUGGUUUGGAGCACAGCAGCGGAAGGUAAAGAUUGCAGCCAUUAUACACAGACAAUCACUCUUGUGUCUGUACAUAGUGACCACUCCAGGACUCCUCUGCUGAAAUCUUCUUAGCUGCAGUGUGCUCAGUCUUCAGAGCACACUGGGUUAAUGAAGAUGAAGCGGAAAAGGAGGGAUUGGGGGGUUAGAUGUGGACCCAUUCUGUUUUUCUCCAUGCUGUAAUGUGCACUCACACAUAACAAGACAGUCCGCUGUUCUUUGUUCAUAUAUACCCACUCUGCUGUACAAGAGAGAUCAUGUUUGUUUGCAUUUGUUUAGAAGUAAGUGAGAGGGGAGUGAAUCCAUUUCCUGUAAGGAGGGAGACACAAACACAGGUCCUGGAUUCUGUGCCGUGACCUUGUUUGCUAAUUAAGUGUCAGACCUAUUUUUCCACUCCAGAAAAAUAAGCUCAUAUCUAAGGGGCUUGGAUUGCCAGAAGGCAAUGGAAACAGUCAUUUCGCCACUGUUGGCUGGCUCCUCUUCAGAGUUUGUGUGGGAGUGUGUGUAUAGGAAAAAGUCAGGAGAUCAUUAGAGAUGUUUCUGUACUGUAUGGUGGCCCUUUUUCUAUGAAUACUGCAUAAAGCUGUGAACUAAGAUGUAAAAGCCAAGUGCAAUGCUGCAAAGAUGUCACUGUGACUGUCACAGUUGUAUCGGUUCCAGUGAUCUCCUCCACAAAGGCCCAGUCUGACUCAGUCUGGAUCUCAACACAAAUUGGUUCUAUAGAAGAUGAACAGUAGAGCUGGGUACUCGUCACAUCUUGUGAUAUGUCUGCAUGUAUAUUAGUCUGGAUGUAGCUUUGGUUAUCCUAAAGUCCCACUCUGAUCUUUUUUUUCUACUACUUAAAGUCUUCUCAGUGGUCUUUAAAUUGUGAUUAUGACGUUUACCUGUGUCAUUUUCAAGGUCUUAUCUUCUGCAGAGCUCCAGUAGCUCAUUAGCAAUUCGCCUCUGAGUUGUGGGCGGAGACAGUGCUGCUUUGCACACUCCUCUUCAUGUUGACGUGCAGCCUAACAUUGUCAGUGCAGCAGAAGUUGCAGGUAACAUAGGAGCUAUUCAGCUCUUGGACACUAAUGUCUUUUGGGGCAUGAUGAAAGAUAAUAUCAUAAUUAGCUUUCUUACGAGCAUUGCCAUCCGCUAACGCACACUCUAGUUCCACGAUCGUCCUCUCUACUUCUUGGAGUCUGGCCUGCAGAACAGAGUGCCGGGGGCGGAGCUUGGAUUUGUGACAUAGGAAAUCUCUCUGUGUCUGAACCUGCUGUUCCGGUCUGCCAGAGGUUCACAGUGAUUUGAAUGAAGAAAUACUCAGAAAUGCAAUUUUCCUCCUACUUUUCUCAUGACAUGUCCUCUAGCGGCAGAAAAAUGCCACAUGAUAAACACAUCAUCAUACACUGUAAAUGUUAUAUGAAGUUACUUCUGAGAUGUUUACUCCCCAAAUUAUUUAAAAUGAAGACUGCAUUUCCCAUGAGCACCAUCACCCUCCAUCAUAAAUAUGUGGCUCAUGUCAAAGCAGCAUUUGUAAUUCAAGCAAAUGAAAUACAGAUUUCCUUUGGACCACUAUUUUCUUUGUUUGCAUCCUGGUUUGCAGCUUACAAAAGGUUCAGUGUUGCAUGCCACAGCUCCAGUCUCAUGAUGUGUUUUGCAGUAAGUGUAUGGAUACUGCAAAUAUGGUUCUCUCCUUGUCUUUACAGGGAAAUGCAGCAUUUGAACACUUAAUCCAGGAGUAAGAAUACUCCUAGACUGAGAGGUUGAGGUUCUUUGGCAAAACAAUAAAUUAACUGAAAACAUGUUUUUUUGCUAGUUCUGCUCUAGUAACAACCGACAACAGAAAAAAAACCCUCCUCUUGCUUGUUAACUUUCUUCUCACUGCCAAACUUUACCAGCAGAGAUCUAAACACAGUCACUUCAAGGUGAGUGCUGAAUAUAGACCCAAACACAGGCGCUGAAUUCAGUGUCAGGAAAAAAACAAACUUUUGGCAGAUAAUCUCGUUUUACAAUGUAGGUCAUGAAGAGACAUAUUUUUCAACAUAAGUUAAAAUCUCUUCACAUUGCCUUCAAAAAACAAAAUUACAAGUCUAAUAGUUUGGCUCUUCCCCUAAACAGAUAAAUGAUAAUUGAUAAUAUGACUGUGGUUGCUUCCAGUUAGCUAAUCCAGACUUAAACAUUCAAACUUUAAACUUACACACUAACAUUAUAAAGACAUGAAAAUGCUAUUUUCUCUUUCAUUGAUCCACCUCAGCCUUUUCUAACACUUCUGGUCAAUCCUACCAGCUUAAAAAGUUAUUUCCUUGACAUAUUUCCUCCUGUCUCUUUGCAUCUGGCCACUCUCUUUACAUUGUAUGUGUUUUGUUCAUUGAGCAUGAAAAUUGGCCCAUUUUAUUACGCCCUCCCAUGUCCCUCAAGAUGCGGCGCCUCUUACGCUCAACACUGAGCAGAACUCGCUGACCCUUCCUCUGAAGGCCCCGUAACUCUGCUGCUGUAAGCGAACAACACAUCUCACCACACAUGUAUUGUUUAUCUCUAUUGUGGUGGACGUUGUUAUAUGCUAAUGCUGCAGGGCAUGAAGGAUUGUUAGUCCACUCCUAAAAAGAGCAGCAUUGUGCGUGUGUCACUUGAAUGCCAAUGUUGACCCAUUUAUGAAGACCUGGGUCAAAGGAGAGACAGGCUAGCCAUAGCAUAGGGCGCUUAUCCAUUCCUAUUAGCUGUAAUGUAGCAUCCAGUGACAUGACACAUGUAUGUAAGACUGAGGCUUUCACUGAUCGCCAAGGGUAGGUAUUUAGGAUGGGAAUCAUGAGUGGCCCAACAACAUGAAAUUAUUGUGAUUUUUAACAUUUUGCAAUACAGUGAGUUUUGUGAUACAAUAUAUUACGAUUUAUACAUUUUUUUCAACUGUUUAGCUAAUUUUGCAUUUGUCUUUCCUUUAUGUUUGUCUUAUUUUUGCUGUAUUUUAUUUUCAUGCAGCAUAUCUUGCAGAUCUUAUAUAUAUUUGUUGCUCUAACUUUCUCCUGCUCUAUGAUGUCACCUCUGCCAACCUCAUUAGACAAAUAGUUGACUUUAUUUUUCUAAUAUCAUAGAUUUGACUUCAUAUUAACAAUUAUUUAAUUAAAAAUCGAUAAUUGGUAAAUGAGACGAUACGAUAUAUAACCAGACAAAAUAUCGCGAUACUAUGCUGUAUCGAUUUUUCUCCCACCCCUAGUAGAUAUGAUAUAAAAGUGGAACAUUUGCCUUAAAUGAGUUGUUUUUGUGAAGACCAUGGCUCUGUGGAUCAAAAUGACAUGCAUGAGAACCCUCACACAUGCAUACACACUCCAGCUAGACCCUCCUCAUCCUCUCCAAUGUUCAGUCUUGCCCUUCGUCCUUAUUCCCCCUCACAUAUAUACCAACAGAUACACAUCAAGGUUUUAUUAUAUCCAAUUCCAAACCGAUUAAUCCAUCAGCUAAUUGGAUUUGUAAGCAUGUUAUGCUGGACUGGAUAGACAGCAGAGGACAGGAGAAGAUGGACCGACUCCCCAAGAGGGGGAGGGAAGGGAUGCAGAAAAUUCAGUGUGAUGCUAAAGCGCAUUAUCUUUGCCUUGAUGACUCCUCUGGUGCAGGAAUCAAUACAGGCCGACUGGCUCCAGGGGCACUGGGCCCACGACAGGAAGCGGAUAUCUCCAAACGCUCCAUUAUGGAUGAGAAGAGGAGUGAAAGGAUGGAAAAUAAGAGAAGGAGGAGGAUGAAUGAAAGGAGGAAACAUAGCCAGAGGAGGGGGAUUAGAGGGUGGGAAUACAGAGAGGAGGGAAGAGAAGAAGGGGGCGUGAAGAUGGAAGAAAGAUUGGACGAAUGAGUGGAGGAGGAGAAUAGAUUGAGGUGAAGAUGCUUUUUGUUACUGUAGACCAGCUGUCUCGCUGUGUCUGGUUCUGUUGCUCCUCCUGUGUGGUUGUAGUGUUUGUUUCCAGCUGAGGGAACGGAGUCAGACCUCACACCUACCUCCAGCGUUGAAGAGUCCUCUCCCUCAGACAGUUUGUCACACUUCUUCUCCUCCUUGCCGCAGCAUCCCUCCUAUGGCACCAACUGUUGUUUCCUAACUCAUCCUUCCUUGCUGUAAUCAUUUCCUCCUCCCUAUCAUGCUUUCUAGCCAUCCCCUGUUAUCUUUCUACCUCAACACACACAUAUGCAACCCCAACCCCCUCCUCUUUCUCAACACUCGUGCUCUUUUUUUUCUUCUUCCUCCUCCUCCUCCUCCUCCACUAUGAUGUGAGGUCACAGCUGGGGAGCCCUAUGAUUUGACAGCUAAAUGUUUAUGUGAUGCUGCAUGCGUGCAUGCGUGUGAAGGAGGGGGGCUUCUGUGCCACUGAGGGCCUGUGAUAGAAGGGGCAGGAUGCCAUGACAGCAGUUGCUAACCAGCGACUAGCAGACUAGCAGUUUUAUCCUGCAGCAUCCUGGGGAGGAGAGAUAUACAGCUGGCUUCAGUCGACAGUAACACGACCAUAUCUACAGGCCUGUUGGGGUGCUCCCUCUGCAUGCACCUCAGGGGCCUGCGCUCAGGAACAGAGGUGGGUGGCAGAGUGGGCUCGCUGCUCUGUUUGGAUGUGUGUGUGGAGGGAAGCAGAGAGGAGCAGAGAGUUAAGAAGUUUUCUGGCUUCUCUGGGGUUAUUGUUAAAUAUGUGUGUGUGUGUGUUUUGCUGUGUAUACUGUACGGUUGUGUGUGCAGCUUAAGUCUGCUGGCUCUGUGAUUCUGUCCUCUGCAGAGGGAACAGCUCAUUAUCUGCCUCUCAGAAUGGAGCGUCCUACCUCUACACUGCAGUGGUGUGCACCGAACGGAUGAAUCUAUUGAAGCAUUGUGUGCGUGUGUGUUUGUGUGUGUGUAUGUGUGUUUGUUUGUUUGCUCCUUAGUCAUUAGAAAGAAAGUCUUGAUGGGUGUUUAAAACUCUUGUGUUGUUUCUGCUAACUUGUGAUAGUGUUUCUGCGUAUUGUUGUGUUUACAUUUUCUUACAUGAGGCAUUACUUUUACAUGAUAGAGUCAUUAAAUAUGCAUCAUUUAUUUCCACUCCUUUUUGUAUUUUACCAUUGUUGAACAUAAACAGUACUUGAAUUAUUCAUAUCAAGCUUGAUCUGUGACACAUUUGUCCUCUAUGCCAGUUGUCACAUAUACGGGCAAUUAGCUGUCUAGUGUUAUUAUAAUGUAUGCAGCUGUAAUGCCCUGCCCUAUAUGUGCAUUGUUCAUCCAUGCUUGACAGGUUUGCAGGCCUUAAGUAUUGAAUGUGUAGCUUAUGGUGAUUGCUUUGAAGCUCGGGCGCUCUUUCGUGAAUGCAUCACCAUACCACGCCGUCUCUGUGACCUUUACGUAACGACUGUCUUAGAUGGUUUGGUGUCAUCGUGCUUGUACAAUCAACAGCAGCUUGUCAUGUCCUCAUUUCCCCUCUCAUCCUCAGAAUCCAGGCUCAUUUCUCCUCCCGGUGGUUUGAGAAAAUGUUGUGUGAGCCAACUCUGGAUAGAUCAUUUUCAGCUAAAUGAGCAAAUGAGGUAUUAACUCCAUAAAAAUCCCACUAAGGGAGUGAAUGAAAAGAUAAUAACCCAAGGUGAAAUUACUUUGGCUUGGGCUUUUUAGAAGUGUGGCCUUGGAAAACCUUUUUUUUUUUUCUCACUCAACUGUUUACUCUGAGUAAUAGGGCUCUAUGUGAACAGCUUCUUUUCUUCCAAAGUUUAAACUCUUCUGAUGUAUUCACAUGAGAGAUUUGGCUGUUUUGUUUUUGUCUUUUCAAUAUCAUCGGGUCACUCUCAAUAAAACUUUGUUUGAGUUGUUUUGUUUAAAUUGUAUGUGCAGUAUGCACAGUGGAUAACUGCCAGCACAUCCCCAGCUGAAGCUUCUGUAUACAAAGCUAUGUAUCACUCGAGGCAGGGUACGGUCACUCUUUUACCACCAGAUUUCGUCUUAAAAAUGCCAUUUUAGUUCAUGUGAAGAUGCUAUUCUGAAAAUUUGCUGCUUUACCUUGAUACUGUAUAACUCAUUCCAUUAGCUCUGACACUAUAUACCUUAGAAUGCAGUAGGGGUAGGGGUAGUAGUAGAGUUCGACUCUGAUGCCAAACCUUUCUGUGGCGGGGGACAACGCUGCUUGGCGAAGUGCGGCUUGGCGGGGUGAACUAUACUGAUAUCAGCACAAGAAGGCAAUUAAUCAAGAUGAAAGUUGAAAUGCUCAAAAUAAAAAUAAAUAUUCAGCAUACCACUGGAUGUUGAGUAAUGUGGACGCUCUUCAGUCUUUCUGUCUCCAGCUGGUCUCCAUCGGGUUGGGCGAAUUCAAAAUGGUGAAAACAAGGGGGCGUUCUGAGACAGGCUGUUACCUGUGAAAAGGGGGUGCUCUGAAAACACCCCCAUUAACACUUGGUAUGUUCCUCCUGUUGAAAUUAACCAUAAACUGUAAAUUAACGUGGACAAAAAUUGAGUCAACCAAUCAGAAUUUAGGUUGACUCAGCAAGUAUCGACCAAUAAGACGACUAUGACGUCACAGUCCUAAUGAGAACAUGCUUUUCUUGCUUUACUUUGAUGCUAAACAACCCAUUCCAUUUGCUCUGUGGAUUACUCCUUGCAAUGGCACUAUGUACUUAAGAAUGCAGCACAUUGUUUAAGAGCAGCUGUUUAGAUCAGAUUAUAGGAGGCUACUCAUGAGGGAAAAUGAAUUAUUAUGGAACUUGGACUCCAUCAUGACUGGUUGAGUCAUGACAGUGUGAAAUUAUGUAAAAAAUACUUUUUAUACUCUUGAGUAAAAGUUUUUAGGUGCUUCCCCUUCACUAUCAGGUAAUCUGAGACAUGAAAAUGUGCUCUCCUCUCAUUCACCAGCUGACACUCAGAAAAAGAGCACACUCUUCGAGAGCAGGGCGCCUUUCAAGGUACCUUCAUUCAGCCAAACCUCUCAGCACUGCUCAUGUUAACAUGCACACAAAAGCUCUAUGGGGGCAGGUUGGAUUCUUCUUCUCAAUCACAGGUUGGCUUGCUCAUUCUGCUUCUAUUCUCCUCCACUGACUAAAAAAAGAGCAAUAAAAGGCUUUGAGUAAAGAAUCACAAUCUGGCAAUCAAGAGCAAUUCACUUCAGCUUAAACUCAAGCCUCAGAGAGACCGUAGCCGUGCCUGUUUUGUUAUCAAUCAACCAUAAGCAGCAGUGAAGCCCUAUUAACAUAAUGCAAGAUUUAAUUUAUUCAUGUGUGGCACGUGAAUAUAUUCUGAUUCAAUGACCCGUUCUUAACUUGAAGUACAUGAGGUCACAGUCGUCUCUGGAUUUUCACCCACAGUCUUACUGGAAAAGAACCAUUUAAACAUGGUCAACAGCAAAUUAGAUACAGCUUUUAUUUAUCCUUUUGGGAAGGAUGAUGUUAAAUGAUGGGGAAAAAGCAGAGAGAACGUCGAUUUUAAACCUCAAAAUCUCUCUGGAAAUCUAAGUACAGAAAAUUCUCUAGACGGUCUUUGAACAGUGUCAAUGACCAUGCUUGUGUUGCUCCUUUCAUACAUCCUCUCUCUCUUCCUUAAAUAACUGACAUGCUCACAUGCUGCCCAUCAGGGUUAAACAGUUUAAUCUUGUCUAUGUUAUCUCAUGGACUAGUUUAAACCCUAUUUGCUUUUUAUUCCUGAUUGAAUAAGUUGGAGGAAAAGGUGAGUACAUAUUAGAGAUUCACUAAUUGUCACAUUUAAAUGCUUUAUCACUGAACAGCUUAUGGUGAUUCGCUCACAAAUAAAGAGACUAAUGACAAAAUCAUCAGCCAGUGAGUGUACUGUUGCAGAGAGUCCUGGCAUUUGAAAUCUCCUCAUGCACAUCAAGUCUUGUUUAUUGUAGAGGUUUACUGUUUAUGCUUUCUUAUGCCUCCUCUGUUGAAUUACAAUCUGUGUUAUUUGCACAGUCAGUCUUCAUUUAGGGUAGUCAUGCUAUCUAUCAAAGUUCCCGAAACUUAGCCAUCCCAAGGUCCUCCAUACAGCACACGACCCUGCAGGAACCUUCCUUAAAUUCCUUGAGUAAUUACAAAAACACUCUUUUGUAGUUUCUGUUUUGACAGUAAUCCACAGCAUUAAUAACAGUGAACAUAUUUUUAGUAUUUUUCUAUGUAAAUGAUGCCAUUCAAUUAUCAAAGUGAUGCGUAACCAGCUCUGACAUGUCGACGUUUCCAGCGAGAAGGUCUGAAGGCUGGAUGUAGUUUCACGUUGUUGACUGACUUAUACAUAGGGAUGGGCGAUAUGGGCUAAAAAGAUUAUCGUGAUAAGAUUUGCCAUUCUGGGGAUAAUGAUAAAAGUCCUGAUAAAAAAUAUGAUAAUUCCAAUCUAUAUUUUUGACUCAUUUUGUCUUGAGAACGCCAGUUGGAGUAGUCAAAUAAGAUACUUAACCACAAGUUUAAGUGGUAGGUUCUGGAGAAAACUAAUGACGUCAAACAAGUUUCAAUUUUGAAAACAUUUUCAACAUAUCUUGGAAACUCUUGCAAAGAAUAAACAGCAGCAGAUCCACUGUCCGAUGUUAGGCAUACCUGAUUGCGCUCAUCUAAGCCCCAAUCUUGAAGGAAAUCCCUCAUGUGGAGCCUUGAUUAGCAACAACUUACUCAGAGAUGUCUUCUUCACCAUCUUCGGCCAUGUUUGUUUGUUAUUCUGCUCUGUGUGGGCUACGGCUGUGAGUCUGUUACUUGCACUUGCGUCAUCAACUUGCAUUUAUCGCGAUUAUCAUGAGAUGGCAAAUAUUUAUCACGGAGGAUUCCUCUGACGAUAUAUCCUGAACGAUAAUUUAUCGCCCAUCCCUACUCGUUCAUUACUUGUUCAUAUGUAUUCAGUGUCCUUUGGAUUCAUUUAUCUCAGAUCAAACUCAGAUCACAGUCCCAGCCCAAAUCUAUCACCGAAGAGGAAACUAUGAGGAGAUAUGCAGAGCCAAUGUAAACAGUUAUUGAUGUGAAAAUCUUAUUUGUCGUUCCUUAAUCUUAAUUGUAGUAGAUGCACAGUUACCUCAGAUACAGACUUUCUGCUAAUUAACAAAGCCCCAUCUUGUCCUCCCAACCAUUUUUGUCCACAAACUCUAUCUAAUUGAAACAAAUACUACAACUCUGCCUGUACAUUUAUACCGCUCUUGUCAGUUGUGAUCAGAAAGGUGACUAGAAACAGCACAAAGUCCAAUUACCCACUCUGAAUGUACUGCGGCCCUGUAACGUAGACAGAACAGAAGGGAGAAGAUGAUCCUCCUUUAUUCCUGUCAGCGCUGGGAUGCGCUGAGUCAGAAGUCUCGGCUAAAUCACUUUGGAAGAAAAGAACGGGAGCGAUGAAGCCUGCGAGACUUCAACCUUGUGCUCUGCCGCUGCACUCUGUGCCCUGCUUCACAUGCUGCACGCUUCACACAGAUUUGCAUUGGCUUUGAUUAGCUGAGGAGCUCAUGGUUUAUGAAUCGUACUGAAGUGCUUGCUGAAAGAAAGAAAUGGCAUCUUUUGCUUUGGAAAACUCAGGUGACUUUUCUGUUACCUCUCUGGCCGAGUCUAAUGGAGGCCAUUAGAUUGGAUCCAGUCUGUGGCAUCAUCUGCAGCUCCCCUCUCUUGACCUGAUCCAUUAGUUUCAAUGACUCCAGAGUUAAGAGCCACAUUUCCUCAUUUGUCUAUUCCAGAUUUUAUCGGGUACCUUUUAGUAUCAGUGCAAUAACUUUAUCUGCUUUCAGCUCUGAAUCUCUCUGUUGUCAUCUCUUAAUACUCACAAUCAUCUCUUUCCCUGUACACUCAUGGAUGUUAAUGUUUCUUGCAGCCUAAGGCAAUGAAAAAGAGUUAUCCUUAUUGCUUUAUUUUCUAAUUGCUUAUUCCUCCCUGUGAUAUUCGUAAUUCUUGAAAUCAUUGAAGACUGUAGGAGGGAAUCAAGAUCAAUUAUUAAUUUCAAUACAGUUUCCUCCCUUAGAGCACAGGCUGGACAUAAAUUACCCACUAAGAUAGAUGGUGAUAGGGUAUCUGGAGAGAUCUGGGGCCCCUGCAUGAUUAAACAGCAUGAAAUCCAAUAAUUUAAAUCAAUUCAUUGCUCUCUGUUUUGUUGUCCAAACACAAGGGUGUUUUUUUGUUUCUUUCUAUCCUAAUCACUCAUUUAUCAUGCUGUCAGCUCUGGCUGAGCAGGGUCAGUGAAACACCAAAUCAUUUGUUAAAAAUGCUGCUGUGUGUUUUAAUACACACAUAAAAGCUUACCGAAACUCUGCUGAAUUGGUAGUGAAGCUCUUACUCUCCUAAAUCUGCCAGUGUACCUAACUUCCAAAUCCCUGAAACACUCAGCAUUUUCUCUGUUAAUACUCAAAGAUCCUCUGUGGGAGUUUGUAUAAUGGUGGCUGCCUCCCUCCUAUUCCCAAACAGCGUACACAUAAACUCAUUUUGGAGACAGCAGUGUAAAACUUGCCACAAAUGGGAGCCGCUGAAUUUCGUAUUUUAUCAUCCUUAUGCUGUUAGCCAGCAAGUUGCUUCGCUGGAGACGUCUAGGGUUCAGUAUCUUGUUUAGUUGCCCUUGAGUGCUUACUUUAGCUUUUCUCUAUCUCUCAGUUUUCGCUCUCUUCCAGGAGGUUGAAGCAAUAAGCUGUCAGUUUGAAAGUUAGCUCUCAAAACUUUUGGGAACUUGUGGUAUUUUUAGCCACAGAGAAACUAGAUAUUUGUGGUGGUGGUGGAGAUUGCCUUUAUGGGAUAGGACAGCUGGAAAGAGAAAGAAAAAUGAUGUGGGGAGGAUAGAGCAGUGGGGUAGACAUACAUUAAAUUGUUGAGGCUGGAAGCCGAACCUACAGCCUAUGCACUGAGAUUAGGGCUGGGUGAUAUGGCCUUAAACCAAUAUCACAAUAUUUUGAGCAGUUCAUCUCGAUAACGAUAAAUGGACGAUAACUACUCCAAUAAAAACUAGCUGUUGUGUUUUUGUCUUUUCAAUAUCCUCUGAUAUCAUCCGGUCGGUUUUAAUGAAACUUGAUCUAAACAUAAAUUUUAUAGGGAUAGUUGAGUAAUUUUGUUAUAAAUUGUAAGUGCAGUAUGCACAGUAGGUAACUGCCAGCACAUCCUCAGCUGGAGCUACUGUGAGCUAAGCUAUGUAAUAGGGCUGGGCGAUAUGGCCUCAAUUCAAUAUCCUGAUAUAUCGAGCAGUUCACUUUGAUAACGAUAAAUGGACGAUAACUAUUCCACUAGCUGCUCACCCUCUCCCACAUUAACUUGGUCUACUUCAGCAGCCGCUCCAACUUUUAAACCGUCCUCCUUCUCCUCACCUGUCUUUCCCUCUUUGUUACGGACUGGAUGAGGUGAAGUCACGUUUCCGACGUAGGACAGCGUCUUAACGGGACAUGAGACCACAGCCUACCUACACACAUCCAAAACCAACUUUUAUUUAUUUAUUUUAUCAUUGAAUAUACCGAUAUGGGCAAAUUGACGUUGGUUAUUGUAGUAAAUUUUGUUAGCGGUAAAUUUACUGUUUAAUCGCCCAGCCCUAACUGAGAUCUACUGUAUCUGUAUGUGAGGUGCCUAUAGGUUUUAUACUAAUAUUGAUUAUCUGUACAUCUACGGUGUUAUUGUUAUAAACAAAUCUAAACACUGUAAGAUAAAUCUGAACCGGCUGUCACUAGGUGAGUUCCUCUAUCCAAGAAUAGUUUAGGGUUAGAGUCAUAGAAAGCAUGGACCAUUUGUCUUCUGUUGUAGAUUUCAGUGGUUGACUGACUCCUGCCUCUCCUUGAUGUGACUGAUGCUACCUCAAACAACUUAAGGCUUUGAGGUAUUCAAUAUGCCCACUUAUUGCUAAAGCAAAAGAAAGUAAAGGGAGACUUAAUCCUUUCUUUGUUCCACGGAGAAGAGAUAAAUGAACUUCAAAAAAGCUCAAUUAUUGUCAGCAAAGAAUGAACUAAGAAUGUGUUCAAACCGAGAGAAUUAUAUCAACUUUCAGCAUAGAAAUUCAUCUCAAAGCAACAUCCUCUCAUGUCUUAUCACUUUCUUGCUCUUAGAAGAGGCGGAAGAAGUCUGCCUGUUUAUUUAGCCUCAGUUAUAAGCAUCUUUUUCAGAAGGGUAACUGAUUUCCGUUCAACAGUAGGAGAUGAGGGUUAAAGGAGUGCUGACUGUACAUCUGGCCAGCUGCCAGGCGAAUGAAGUGGGGGAAGUCGGUAAUGGAGGUGGGGUUAGAGAAGUGUGGUUACUUAUGAAAUUGUGUGGGUUUAUGUGUGCUUGUGCGUUUUUUUUUUCUGGUGUGUUAGUGUGUGGGAAGGGGGGGGGGGGCUUAAAAGAUUAAACCCCAGCCUGACCACAGUGAUGAAGAGGAGACCCCUGUGUGGAUCCCUCUCUCUGCGGGGAGGCUUCUUCUGUGGCGUCCCAUUUGCAUAGCUCCCUGUCCUGCUCAGGGAAUUAGCCCUUUCUUUUCCCUCCCUCUUUCCCUCCUCUGUGCACCUUUUGGAGAGAGUUCUCCUAUCCUGCAGUACUGCUCAUUUCUGAGGCAGACAAUGGAACAGAGUAUUUAGGACACUUGGCAGGGUUUGCAUGUUGGAGGGGAUGGCGACACGGGCUGCUAAGUAGCUCAUUUUGUCACAUAGCCACUGGCAUGAUAGCGCUCCACAGCAAGGUAAGCACUGAGCAGAGUCAGCGCGCACACCCACACUCCAUGACUGGGUUGUUUUACCCUAUAUCUCUUCAAGCUUUUUCUUUUGGAUAUACAACAGGUAACCUCAUCUUCAUUUUGACCACACAAUUAAGCAGCAUGUGUUUUUCCUUUUAAACAUUCAGUUUGUCAAGUUAAUCUGUGGCCUCAUGUUGGAUUCACUCCCUCUAAUCCAAUAAGGGGAUGAAUAAAAGAUGUUGUGUGGAAGACUAGACUUAGAUUAAUCUUUCUAUUGUUGUCAGAAUAAAUGCACUGAAUUCACUCCUUCCCUCGAGACACUUCUUUGUGCAAUUUGGAGGUUUUGAUUGUUUUUUCAGUAUACGUCUGGAUGCAGUAAUUACAAUCAUAUGAGCUCUUCUUUCUUAUCUUUACAGGCUCACCAUCAAGUGCUAGCAGCGCUCUGUCACUUUGUAAUUACCAUAAUUUACAGUCAAGUGUAUGGCCAUCAGUAAAACGCAUGCCACUGCUCUCGUAUAGGAACCUCAGCCAAUAUCUUUAUUGGACAGAUGUGGCAUGGAGUAAUUAAGUUGAGCGCUCUUCCUUUAUAGGGUGCAAGUCUUCUGUGACCUUUGCCUGUGUGGCACAUUUAUCAUUUAACAUGUGACAUACUUUCCAUACUAAGAAGAACGUAGAGCAUUUCAUAUCUGGGGGCUUUCUUGGAGUAUUGGCCUACUGUUGGAUGCGUCCGACUCUCCCACAGCUGUUGCACGUAAAGUUAAACACACUCAACAGUUAUGAGUCAACACUGAGACAAAAUGUGUACCAUUUCCCUGAUGUGACAGACUUAAAGUCACACUCCGAUCUUUUUUUUUUUAACACAAGUGUUCUCAGUGGUCUUUAAAUUGUGAUUAAAAAGUUUUUAGCUAAAAUCAUGUUACCUGUAUCAUUUGCAAGGACUUUUCUUCUGCAAACCUCUAGUAGAUCGUUAGCACUUCACCUCUGAGUCGUGGGCCGAGACAGCGCUACUCUGCACACUCCUCUUCAUGCUUGCUUGCAGCCUAACAUUGCCGGUGUAGUGAAAGUGGCAGGUAAGAAGAGCUAUUCAGCUCUCGGACACUAAUGCCUCUGGGGACAUCAUGGGAGCUAAUAUCAUAAUUAGCUUUGUUACAAGCAGGACGUAAUUGUCCUGAAUUAAAGGCUAAAAUGUGACAUAAUGCUCAUAUAUUAAAGAUAAAUGCAAUUGGAUAUGACAGAAAAAUAACAUCAAUCUACAACUGAAAGCAUGUGGUUUGUCAUAUUUGUUAUUAUCCAUAGUCAUUUGCAGAGUUUGGGUUUUUUGGUGGAAUAUUCUUGUAUUGGAGACUGAAGGCUGGACACUAUAAAACCUGUCUUAAGUGUUUGGUUGAUCCUUACAUAAAGGAAUCAGAGAGGAUAUAAUAGAGUUUCUUCAAUUUCCUUCAUCAUAUUGUCUUACAUCCCUUUUCUGUGAAGACUUUCAUGAGAACGACAUUUUGUUAUUUACUGUUUUCUUUCUUUUCCAUUUGAAGACCUGACUCAACCGAUGUAAAGAUUUACCCGGCGAAACUGAAGGUCAUAUGACUCAUGGCGCCUGUCUCUGCGGCUGAAAGGCUGUUACAGAAAUGCACUAAGCUCUUGUGUGAAAAAUCACUUCAGAAGCAUAAACUCAGUCAUGAUGGCAAAAUGCAUCAUUGCGUCAUUCCACCUCUCACUCCUCUGGCACAGCAUCAAAAGGUGUUUUAUUGUUCUUGACAGAGGGCCAAAAAAGUUGCAUUUUGUUGUACUAAUUGAUUCUUACCGUUUCAAAUUCAGGAUGAACACAAUUGAUAUGUAUUUAAAGUAAUAUAUACAGCAGUCCAGCCCUUGUUUCCAUGACCUGAGUGACUGGUGUCAUUGAUAUUCAGGUCAGCUGAGGUAGCUGUGCGGCCCCGAGGGUAAAUUGUGUUGACUGCAGGGGUCGGGAUAAAUAGCUUACAUUAGCAUGACUGCUUCUAUUGGGCGAAGCAGACAGGCAGAGUGAAGGAAGGGGGGAAACAGAAGCGGAGUGACACUGAACGAACCAUGACUUGAUCAUCUGCAGCUGGAUUACAUCAUGAAUAAUGCUUUGCUUCAUACUGAGUCUGUCUGUGCUCUGGGCUCUGCAGGUACGGAGGUGUUCCUACUACAGAUGAAAGCAAUCUUUGCAUUUGACUAGGCAUGAAGCAAUGAGUCAAAACCUGAAAAAAAAUGGAGACUGGAGUGCACAGUUAACAGUUACAGCUGCGGCAGCAAGGGUCACGAAAGUGGUUUGAACCAGGUGGCUUGUUCAGGCAUUUUUAUGAGAAGGAGCAAUGAAAACAAGAAUUCAGCGGGUCUCGUUAAUAUGGAAACAUUUAAAAUGUCUCAGUUAUUUACUCUUCUGGACAGCUGGAUAGAAAAAGUGAGGCGGAAACUCUAAGCACCGAUAAAAUUUAGCUGUUAUGUUCUAAAAAAAAGAUGUUUUCCAUUAAACACUCAAAGCUUGGAAGGAGGAGAGCAUCACCUUCUGCAGUUGUUGUUGUUGUGCGGGUGUGCGUGUUUGUGUGUUUGUGUCUUGGGCUUACUGCUUUAUCUGCUGUGUAAUAGGCUUGGAUAGCCUGUGUCUUCAUCCUUUAUUUAAUUGAAUCCUUCUGUUAGUCUUCAGGGAGAUAUAAACCUGUUUGUCUGGGGCCAAGUCCAGUCUUAUUUUCCACACUGACUCAAACACAGCUUUAGAGAUGUGCAUGUUUUAGAGCUGGAGUUGAGGAGACACACAGACUGCUCAUGGCUGGUUUUAGAACCAGAAUCAAUACAGUUGUUGUUUAACAUAUAUACUGUAUCAACACUGCUUUGUGCUAAAAAUAUCACUGAUUCAGCAUAAAAACCAAGGAGAUCACAGCUUGUGUUUCAUGCUGAGAUUUAUGUUUGAACACAGUAUGGAGUCAUAUCAGGUGUCUGAUCUCAGCAGUCAGUCUUAUUUUCUAUGAAGAAGAAAACCUUGUAAUACUACAUUUCUACAUUAAGUGUUUUGACAGCAGACUUUGGGUUUUUUCUACAUGGCUGGGAGGGCUCUAAUCAACCAAAGAAAUUUUUGGUUGACUAAAACCCUGAAAUUUUCAACCAAAAAUUGACUGAUUGGUGGGUGGGGCAGCGGCUCUGAGGGCAAACCGGUCUGCGGCAGGGGAUGACAUGGCUCGGCGGAGUGCGGCUAGGCGGGGUGAAAAUAUACUGAUACCAGCGCAAGAAGGCAAUUAAACACAAAUAUUAUAUUUGGCAAACCACCAGACGUUGAUUAUCGUGGACACUCUUUGAUCUUCCUGUGGGUUGGGCGAAUCUAGAAUUGUGAAAACAAGGGGGGUGUUCUGAGACAGGCUGUUACCUGUGAAAUGGAGGUGCUCUGAAAACACCCCCAUUAGCACUUGGUACGUUCCUCCUGAUGAAAUUUACCUUAUGCUGCGUUUGAGUUACCUUGGAAGUCAGCGCUGAAAAUGACGUCACACCCGAGUUACCAGCGUUUCAGUUACCAAGUCGUAAAAAAGCAAAAUCGGAGGUGGAAACAAGAUGGCUACACCUACGAAAGUUAUUUUAGCGCUUGCCUUGUCCUUGUUAUAUUCGGACAAGUCAAGCGCUAAAAUUACUUACAUCUUAACGGUGUGACAUCAUUUUUAGCGCCGACAUCUGACUUCCGAGGUAACUCCAACGCAGCAAUGUACUGUAAAAAUUGAUGGGGAAAAAAGUCGAUUCUGAUUGGUCGACUCAGCAUGUAUCGACCAAUACAUCGACCAGUCAAUUAUGACUUUACAGCCCUAGUGGCUGGAUAUGUUACAAAGACGUACGUUUUAAUGUAUUUGGUGACACUAGAGCAAACAUUUUUUAUUAAAGACAUUGGACUGGUCUCAGUUGUGCUGCUUUAGAGUUAAAUUCAUCCCAGCUGGUUCAGUGGGCCACGAGUGGUUAUACUGGUUGUACUGGUUGUACUGGGCAUCUAUUAGGAUGUAUGUAUUUUAGCCUACAAUCAUUUCUCUGAAUUUCAUUGACUUUUUACAACAAGCACUGAACAAAUAAAGCUAAAAGAGAUUGAACAGUAAUGCCCCUUAAACCAAACUACGUCCAUGCUGACUCUUGCAGGAGAUGUCAGGGCCAAUGUCUCAGUGUUUCAUCCUUAUUUAAUCUGGAUCAAUAUUACACUCCCUCUCUCGCUUGUUUUUCCCAGCAGCACUCUGUGGUGACACUAAAUUGUACCACAAAAUGUGUGAUUUUACAGUGAGUAGUCAUCUGAUACUGUGAUAAUGUUGGCUGCCUCACCCAAGCUCUCGUAAAUUGACUGCCCAGUGGGAGGUAAACGAAGGCCCAAUAAAACAUGAAAAUUAAAAAUAAAUGGAAGCUAUAUGAGGCUAUAGCUGGAGCAUAAGACUUUCUAUAGUGCCUGUGUGCUUUAAACAUAGACUGUGAAGAUGACUGACAGGACAACAGCUGUCCCGAUUUUGGAGACGUUAAACUGUAGCUAGUUAGAUGUGAAAUGAUUGAUUGACAGCCAGAUAAGCUGAAUAGAGCUGGAACAGCAAGGGAAAACUUGUUAUAAAACAGACUGGAUUUCCUAUUUAUGCCUUUUAACGAUGUUCAAAAGCAAACAAGACCAUCAGCAGCAUGAUUGACAAAGUCUUCUAUAUUGUGAUUUGUAUUGCCUGAAAUCACUGUGGGAGUGUAGGUGUCUGCCAAGCGGCUAAAAAAAACUACAUUUUUGACAUAUCUCACAUAAAAUAUUCAUGAUAGUGAUACAUUUGACUCUCAAAAGUCAAGAUUAGAUAUUUUUUGUCCAAAGAGAUUACUUUAGCAGGACAAGAGAAGAGCUUUAACCGACACUGGCACAAGAACCCAUGAAACUGUACCAAUAUUUGAUGCUUUACAAUAAGGUGUUUUUUAGUUUGUGGAAAGUGUGCAGAGUUGAUCCUGCAGCUCCACCAGCCAGUUUGCUUUUAUACAACAUGACUUAGAUGUACCAGCAUUUUAUAAUAAUGCCCACUGAGGCUGUACUUUGGCCUCAACCCUUACGGAUCCAUUUAAUAGACUGUAUAAACUAUGGACAACUUGGCUUUGCCUUCCAUCGUUACUCAAAUUUGAAGCCGAAUUGCUCUCAGUAUUUCUGUGAUUUUCUCCACUUCCUGGAACCACCACUUGAGCAGUGGCGUUGUACACAUUCGGCAGGAGAGUCGCAGAGAGUCGCUGUGACGAUGCUUGGCUUAAACAGCGUAUCCCCUGGGUGAGCUACGCAAUCUUCGUACGCCCAUAGGCUGUAUCAAGUGUCAGUCAUAGAAAACAUGAACCCCCUAAUAACUUUUAAAAAUGGAGCUGCACAGAAAAAAGAGGACUACAUGUCAACAUCGCAAGCAGGGGGGGAAAAAAAUAUAGUCUGUGUGAUGAAUUUCUGAAGUUUGUCCACAUCUCUGUAGGGAUUGCUGGAAGAGGCAGGAUUUAUGACCUAUACCGCAGCCUGUCACCAGAGGGUGCUGUUCUCACAGUGGCUUCACCUAGCGAGGAGGCAGACGGCGUCCAUUCUAUAUACAGUCUAUGGUCCAUAUUGAUUUGCAGUCAAUGGUUUUAAACAGAGAAGACAUUGUAAACCUGCAGUCUGUCGGGGUGUUGUCAGGCGGUUAGCGAGGCUACCACACCACCAGCUCCAGUUUUGUGCUUUCACUGGCGAAGGUAAGGGGAAAUCAGCCUUGACUACUUGCCAGCAUUUUUAGUAAAUGUCAAACCACCGCUUUUGUUUUCUUUGUGUACAAAUGUGAUUUUUAAUCAAACUGUUGUCUUCUCUUUUUUAGUUGAGUUGACAUUUAUAUAAAAUAAAAGCCAGAAGAAAAGUUCCUUAUGAAAGAGGAGGUGGCUUUUCUAUUAUUCAAAACAAAUAAGGUGAUGUAGAAAAAUCCAGAAGAUGUAUCAUUACAAUGAACAGUCAACAAUGGCGAGUUAUAAGAUGCCCAGACAAAUUGUUUUUCUAAUGCGGUGUGUUCAAACAUCUCACAUUAAAAGCACCAUCCAACAAUGCAGCUGUUACACCAUUGUUUUCAUGAUAGAAUCAUAAAGGCUUCAGUUUUUUCUGUUUCUUUUGAUGAAUUGUUUUAUUAAUGAAAAAGGUGUGUGGUUUUAAAGUUAAUGGUUUCAUAAAACAGCUCUUGUCUUCGUUCCUGCUUAUAAUGUUGCACCCUGUUGAUUUCAGACAUGAUUUAGGGUCUGCAGUAGCUGACACCAUCUCAGCAGGAUUCAUUCCCCCUUCUCCAACUGAUUAAGACCAAUCCAGCGUUAACCCCAUCUUAGCUUCCUCUUCCAGGAUUACUGUAAAUCUCUUGUUAAUGACUGAUAGGGAUGGUGGUCUCGAGUGUGUGUUUGUGUGUGUGUGUGUGUGUGUGUGUGUGUGUGUGUGGUGGCAGCGGUGGGGGCAACAUCUUGUUUUUGAAGUCUGACACUCCGACUGCUCCAUCAUCCUUCUCCUCUCCACCGUAUCCUCUUCUCUCUGUUUCCUCCUCCCCCCACAUCGCUGGAGCUGCCACAGCCGAUAAGGGAAGAUGUCUCUGCAAAGUUCUCCCACUUGAUUAUUCAGCACACAUCAGGCCUGGCACAGAAAAAGAGGGGGUUCACUCACUUUCACUUAGCCUAUUGCACCCUAAGGGGGUUAUGGGGUCAUGAUAAAAAGCACAAAUGACAGAAUCGGUCAGUGGAGUGCAGCAGGGAGAUCCCAGAAUCGGCCCCCGCGGCCUCUACUCCUUGCAAUAUCGUUUUUGAUUUCUGAGCAGUCGGGUUGAGAAUUCUAAGGGGAGCAAAAUGAGAAGGAGAGAGAUUGAAAUUCACCAAGCAAAGCAAAGCAGAGCAAAGCAGGGAAAAAGAUGGUAAAACGAUCCCCCACCUCACACUAGAAUCAAACCAGAAGCAGUAAUAGCUCUGGCAACGUCCAGGGUGUGAUUUAUGAGAGGGAAGAAAUGGCCUUGUUUGAACGCUGUCACGUCUGGGCUGUGUGAUUUACUGUGAUGGCUGGAGCACUCUUUUCACGUGCAUUCAGGCUCUAGGACAGGAGAAGAAGGAGGCCCCCAUUAAUACUGAUUAUAAGAGCAUGCUACCUUUCUGCACGUGGUAUGGUUAUAUUUUACAGUAUAUCAGCUCGCUGACGGUUCUUAAUGGACGUAGAUGGGAUUGGUUCUUUCACUAUAUGCUGUAAUAGGGCUCCUUUACGUCUCCCCUAAUCUCCUAAGUGCAUCUAUUAAGAUCAUUCAUCAUUUAUGAGUUACAGAAACGAUACUUACCAGAGCAACAUGGCUGCAGCAGAGUGAAGAAGAUGAAGGAAGGGAAAGAGUGAGUUUUUACAAAUUUGUCUUUGCAGUGCUUUUAACGUCUGACUUGAAGAGAUGAGUGUCUUCAAUAAAUAAGUAAAGCACCCUAGGUCUCUGUUCCACAACAGCAGUUUUGUUCCAGAUUAAAAUGAGUGUUUGCAUAGUUUCAUUGCCGGUCACAAAAGGCCCCCCGCAGCACACAGACUGCUCCUUUUGAAAGGUGUUGCUAGGAAACCGUGCAGAGUGAAGAUGAAAUCCCUGUCUGUGUUGCUCUCCUGCAGCUGUACAGCUUGGACAUUAUGUUCAACUUAUUGUGCAUGUUUUACUGUAAGUCUGCCCUUUUGUCUUUGCCUUUGUGUGUAUGUGCGUGUCCAUGUGUGCCAGUGUGUUUGGGUUUACAGUAAGCGCAGUUCUAUUUGUGACAUACAGUGCAGGCAAAUUACACAGCUCCUCUUCCAUCAUAAUCCAUUUUCCGUGAUACGCCUUCAUUUGUCUGCUGAGCCCUGAGAUCUCAAUCCUGCCGUCACACCUCUGAGUCCCGGCCAGCUGACACCUCAGGCUGUGCACAAAGAAUCAAUAGUGUCUGCCUCGUGUUCAAUUACACUCUAAUCAACACACAGCAGUCUAACACAACCGGGGAAUGAAUGGACAGGUCUGUUGAUAUUGAACUCAUUCUCAAAACUGUGAUACUCGUAAAUGAAUAUCUGAAGGUGUGACGUUUGGUUGUGAGAUUUCACAGCGUUCUUACAAAAAGAAAGACAGGCAUACAAAGUAAAACUGAUAAUAAGCCAUGGUUCAAGUCACAGUUACACGAGGUCAGAUCUUGAAUGUUGACGCCGGCCUUGAGUUGUGUUGUUACCAGCUAAUUUAAAUAAAUCUACUUUCCUGUGAAGCUCCCAAAAGAGGUCUUCAGCUGGUUAUAAAACAGGCUGAAUUCAAGUGAUCUCUCUGUAUGGUCGUUUAAAUUGAGUCAGUGAAUCAUCAGCUGGAGGACUGGUUAUUUUUUUAUUAUUAUUUCUGAAUUUUAAUCUUCAACACAAAUGCGACUGAAGAAAAGUUUUCAGCUAAAGCAGUUUCUGCGUUCUUCAAUAACAGUCUUCUUUUUAUGUUUUUAAUGGCUGAGACUCAGAUGGUACAUUUGAAGCAUUAUAAAUAAGGGUGUCCUGAUACAACUUUUUUUUAACUUCUGAUCCGAUACCAAUAUUGUAGCCUUCAGUAUUGGCUGAUACCAAUAUUGGCACAAACUUGUGCAUGACAAGUUUUGCACAAGUUUGUGCCAAUAUUGGAAUCGAAUCCAAUUCUUCGUUGAAAAGGCAACUGGACUUGUAUGAGGUUCUUGAAGGCGUUUCGCCUUGAAGACGUUCACAGCAUCAAUCAUGAUGCAUCUUGUUAGUAGAGAUGUAAACCUUUCAUUGUUGAUUUUCUUUACAAAAAUAAGAUAUUUAUCCUGUGGUUCAAUUUUUAUUCCAUUUACUUCAUUGCCUAUGUUUGAAUUUUCCCAGAUAUUUAAAUGAAAGACAUAUUCUUCUGUUUAAAGCAUCACUCAGUAUCGUUGAUCAUUGUCUCAAGGUUCGAGGACUGCUGCUUUGUAUGAUUAAAAAGUAGAUAAGACAUGAGAUGUUUUCAGACUAACCCUCAGACUAUAUAUAGCAUGAAAAAAAUAUAUAAAAAGGUAAAGGCAGAUUUCAAACCUGGAAGAAGUAAUUAAGAAGGAAAUGUUCGUACUCCCCUUUGCUUCUGUCAGACUCCGCUCCAGGACAGAUGUUGUUCUUCAUAUUACGUUACUGCCUGUAAGCUGAUGGUUCGGUGCUAAAGUCUUAAGGGCAGUGACUGAGCAGCGAGCUGCCUGUUCAGCUAAACCAUUGCUCAACAUUUCAUCUGGCAAACGUCGAAAUGUCAUUCAUCAGGCGUCAACUCAUCAAGGAGCUUAAGCCUUGGAGGCUGACACGAAGCAGAGAUUCAGUAAAGAUGUUGCAGUGCUGUCUGCCUGUGGUCCAGCUGGAGGAAAAGAGUGGCUGGUCAAGCUUGACAUGUGCUGUGAUGCAGUUUGUAUUCCCAGAAAGGCUGCCAUUCAAGGACACAGACAUAGACAGAAAUAAGAGUCCAUUUUUUUCAGACGGUUACCUGACUUUACCUGCUGUUUUUUCUUAUUUUUUUAUUUAAGCUGUUGUUUUUGUCGAAGUUUUUUGUAUUUUCAGUCAGACAAAUCGUGUUAGAUGGUACCUUGACUUCUGAGGACUUUUAAAAGACAGUUAUCUUUGGGAAUUUUAAGAAUUUAAUUAUUUACUUUAGCUGAAAAAGAAUCACAAGGUUGUCUGAUCUUUGUAGACGUGAUUGUUCCUAUCAGAGUCAUUAAAUUAAGAGUUCAACAGGUCGAGAAACUUUUCUUGCACCACCGCUCUGAAUCAGGCAUCGACAUGGUAAACAAGUUCCAUCUCACUUUGUAUUUUUCAUUCACAGUUUUGUUAUAUUAUGUCGAAGGAUUCUGUUUUUUUUGGAUGACCUAUUGGAUAGUUUUUAGACGUAUCCAAGGUUAAUACCGUAAAUAGAGAGUUUAGCAGAGAGUUUUAUCUUUUGACAGUGUCUCUCUUUCUCUUUCUCCUGAAGGAAAACCAGGCGGUCCUGCUAAUGUUCCACCAGCUGAGUUUCUAGCUGUAACCCCAGCAGGUGGUCCUCACUUCAACAUCAUGCUGCACCUCAUCCUGCUCCUGCACCUCCUGAUCCUCUUACCCUCCUCUGCAGGUCAGUGGCGCAUUCAGCUGAAAGGGAACGGUUAAAUGAGUUGACAGGGUAGUUUUGAAUUGAUGUUUUAAUGUGCAGUACCCAAGGAUGUGACACCCAUUUAACAGCAUGUGAAGUAUUGAAUUUAAAAUGUAGAGUCAGACAUUUUCUCAAAUCUUAAAGCCACAGGUAAAGUAAAACCAUGUCACACACACGAUUUUUUGCUUCGGCAUCAGUGUUACAUAAAAUGAGGUAAUUAAUUCAGUCGAAGCAGCAGUUUGCUCUUAGCUGAGAAUUUUCUUUUUCAGACGUUGCCUUUGAGAAGUGCUCAGAUAUCAAAGAGAAUUUUUGCUUUUAGCUUGACUUGCAUGCCCUUCAUCUUUCAAAUAUAGCCAUCCAAAAAACGAGUCGUCAAACAUUCAGCAGCAGUAGUGACAGUUAAGAGUUUCCUUUGCAACCAUCACUGCUGAGCAGAAAUCAAAAGGACGUUGCUCAGUUAGACAGACUCUGUUUCGGUUGUAUGUCCUUCAUCUAUUCAGGAUCACCAUUCACAAACGCAGUUGUCAAACUGUCGGAGCAAGAUCCUUCAUAAACUUGUAUAGCAACCACAGAAACAGACACAAAUCUAGUUGAAUUCAGGCUCAGCUACAUAGUAUGAAGAUCCCACAGGUGUCUGUCAGCUCGAGUAGCAGUGUACGGCAUCACUGGAAUCUCAGGAUGAAUGGGGAACUAAACAGACAAGGUGCUAACAAGCUGCAAACUGACAGUAUACAGUAAACGAUCACUUCAACAGUGACGAGUGCUGCAGGGAUAACUGAAGCCUGAUUAGAGCGGCUACAGCAGAAAUGUUUUUUUUAUGUGAGUAACAAAUAAAUCAGUUUAAUUGAGGUUCUUUGAGGAAUUUUUAUAAUUGGUUUCAAAACUGUUGAAAUCUUAAUCUUAGUGAGCUACAAAUGUGAACAAGACCACUGGUAAGAAGUUGGACGAUUAUAAUUUACAACUUUGCAAUAAGGGGAGAGAAACCAGACCAAACAGUUACCAACAUUCACGAUGAGUAAUACUGUAUAUACUACCAUUGAAAGAAAGUCAGGUGAGACUGUUUGUCAGAAAAGUGAUCUAUACUAGGGCUGGGCGAUAAACUGAAAAUUUCCAGAUACUAAAAUUUACGACACUAACCGGCCUCAUUUUGCCCUUAUCGAUAUAUUUGGUGUCAAUCAAUAAAUAAAUAGAAGUUGGUUUUAGAUGUGUGUAGGUAGGCUAUGGUCUCAUGUCCCUUUGACAGUCCAUGACAAAGAGGAGAAGACAGGUGAGGAGACGGAGGACGGUUCAAAGGUUGUAAUGGCUGGAGCGGCAGCUGAAGUAGACAAAGUUAAUGUGGGAGGGGUUGAGCAGCUUGUGGAGUAGUUAUCGUCCAUUUAUCGUUAUCGUUAUCGAGGUGAUCUGCUUAAUAUAUUGUGAUAUUGAUUUGAGGCCAUAUCGCCCAGCCCUAAUCUAUACAUACACAGUACAAGAUCAGUUAAGAGUUCAGAGGUGUCAGUGGACAGCGCAGUCAACACAAUCAAAGAGUUUCUCACAAUAGCUUUGAAAUGAUCAUAGAAAUGCCCAGGAGAACUAUUGAAAAACAUAUUAUCGCAGAAAAGCCACAAAACUUCUUUUGAUCUGCAGGUUUUAUUACUUUUUUUCUGUUACUGUUGUGCUUGAAACACAGCAGAGUGGUCAGAGGACAGCAGUGCUAAAAAUGACAUGUCUGAAAAAGAGAGAGCCCCCUCUGUGUGCUCCCGCACCUCAGGCUUUUCUCCCUUGUUUAAGAUUGGAUUCAUCACAAACCAGAAAGUGAGGGAGCUUGGACUGGGCGGCUCUCCUGGCUUGGCAUCACAUCUUUUUUCAAACAGAUUUCAAGAUGUAGAGGAUUUAGCUUUCCUUUUUUUUCUCUAUUAUUCUACAUGCAGGAUUCUCUGUUCGCACAAGGUUUUUGCAGCUAGAACAAAGAAUGCCAAGUCGAGAAAGCACUUACACAACUGCAGAAAGAUUGGCUGAUAAAUGUUUAAAAGAAAGAAAGUCUUACGAGUAUACAGACUCGGUCAAAGUCUCUGCCUCAUUGAAACAGACAGCUGCUCUACAGCUGACAUGUGUUGUUGUUGUUGCUGUAAGGAAAGAACAUUGACUUGACAUUUUUGUUUAGCUUCAACAACAAAGAAGCUUGAUUGUUAAUGUGACAUUAAUGCCAAGACAGCAGAGCAAAAGUCAUGAAAUAUCUGUCUUUUCUGUGCCUCAGCCGGCCCAUAGUAGAGCGCUCAUUAGAGGGAUUUAAGGAUUUAAGACUUGUCUCAGUGUAAUUUUGUUAUCUCAUUAUUGGGAUGUACAUAAGUGGCAAUUUGACAGCAGCAUCACAUAGUGCACAAAGUUAUAUCCACUCAAAGCCAACCACAGAAGUUCUGGGUUUUCUAUUCUAUCGUGAAAAAACAGGAUAAAGUGGAUACUGUGGACAUGGCCGCAAGCCAGGGGUAGUUUUUCUGUUCAAAGUGUGGUUUCCAGCCAUUCAUCACGGUCUUGGCAGCAAAAGGGACUCUGUCAGAGACUUGCACCCCUUUGAAGAACUUAAACCAUGAUACAUGAGUUACCCUUCAUCUUUUUUUGUUGUUGCAUCCUGUGCAAAGUAAGAGAAAUACUCCUGCAGUCAAGGUUUGCACCAUCCUGUGUCAAUAUGCUGACAUGACCUCCUGAUUUGUCUUUACAGAUGCAUCAAGGCAUCAUGAGGCGUCUGACUUUUAUGGAGGUAAGGAUGUCAUUAUCUGUUGUUAAUGAUCUGUAACAAGAUUUCACCAAAUGAUAACUCAGCAUUCCUAAAGUUUUAUUGCAUUAAAUAUGACUGGGCUGUUUCUGCACAGUAUCCUCACCAAGUAUAAAAUGAGGGAUAAUAGGGUUUUUAAGUCAGAGGCUGACCUCACGGAUGCUACAGAGAAUGUUAAACAACCACAGAGGUCACAGGGUUCAUGUUCGUGUUUUCACGUACAUAAAGCAUAUUUUCUCAGCACCCUUGUAAAAUCUAUUCAAUUCCGCUCACUCAGACCAAGACCACACUCAGAAAUAUCUGAUCUGAGCAUAAAAAAACGGAGGCAUACGUCUGUUUGAUUUGUAGUCUUCAGAACAGAAACAAACAAGCUGCGCCGGUUCUUUGGCAGUUUGAUGAGACGGUGGCCUUGGAGUUCAGAGGAGGAAGCAGGUGGUGAUUCACAUUCAAGGCUGUACCACCACUUGAUCUGAAAAAGGUCAAACAAGUCUGACUGUUGACGGCAUUCACUCGUCAAGAAAAAUGAUAAAAGACGACCACGCUUUCUUUGUUGCACAAUUUCCUGCUUUCUUGGCGAGAAUAAGCUCCAGAUGCUAUUGACGUGAGAGAAACGAAAAAGGUCUUAGAGUCAGCUACAGAUGAGAAAGUCGGACAUUGCACAAUUUUAACACAGCGUCAAGUCAGAUAAACUUCAGUGAAACUUGUUUAAACAAUCCCUCUUUAUCCACUUUGAUUCCAUUUCUCACAGGCAUAUAUACAGUAGCUUUUUUGAUCUUUAUGUUUUUUGUGUUAGUUUAUACACAAAUAUCAAUCAAGUAAAAAUUUGACAGCAAAAAAGGGGCCGUUGAUUCGUUGGGUGGAGAGCCAGGCAUCCUUAGCGCUGCAGUUGAGCUAUUAUAAAAUCAAGAGACUUGAUAUUUAUUUAAAAUGUCUUCUUAGUCUGAACAUCGUUUUGGUAAUUUACAAUGAAAACCCCUCCAAAAGUAUGUCAGAUCUAAAUUAGCCACGCUUUUAGCUCUGCCCAUCUUCUGCCCAGUCCAUCCCCUGAGGUGGUAAAAGUACAAUAGUAUCUGUGCCGGUCAGGAUUUGUUAGGAGCCGUCAGUCAGUGACAGACGGUUCUAUUCUCCUGGUCCACAGUAGGAAAGGACAAAUGAAAAUCUGUCUGGAGGUCGUGUUUCUUUCCAGAAGGAUGUUGCUAUUUCUGGAUUACUCCUCCUCACAGAUUUACAUUAAUCUCAAUAGAGCUGGUUGAAGUCUGAGUUUUCGGGCUGUGUUUCGCUGAUGAAUCGGUGAUGGUCAUUAGAGCUGGAAACUGGAUAAGAGAUAUCUUGAUUGAUUGUGGUAUAGAUGAUGAUGAUGGAAAAGGAUGAUGACAAUUGUAAGUAGGGCUGGGCAAUAUGGCCUCAAAUUAAUAUCAUGAUAUAUUAAGAAGAUUACCUCGAUAACGAUAAACGGACGAUAACUACUCCACAAGCUGCUCAACCCCUCCCACAUUAACUUCGUCUUCGUCCCUCUUUGUUACGGACUGGAUGGGGUGGAGUCACGUCUCUGAUGUAGGACAGAGUUGUAAAGAGACAUGAGACCAUAGCCUACCUACACACAUCCAAAACCAACUUUUAUGUAUUUAUUUUUUUGACACCGAAGAUAUUGACAUGGACAAAAUGACGUUGGUUAUUGUCGUAAAUUUCGGUAUCUAUAAAUUUUCAGUUUAUCGCCCAGCCCUAAUAUUAAGUUAGGGUUAAGGUUUAGGGGUUAUGUUAGAUUUCCUUUCUUGACUUGAUGAAAUUGAAAUGAUAGGUUGGAUUACACUCUCUUGUCUGCUGUUUGUUGUACCAUUUAUACCACAGAUGAAAUCCCUGUUUGUAGCAGGUAAAUUUGUCACACCACUGAAGGCUGGAAACAGGCAUGUUGCCAGCUUUGCUGUUUUCAAAUGAAAUAGAUUACACAUUCUCAGUUGCUAGAUAACCUACUAUAUUUUAUGUCUCUGUAAAAGCAUCAAGAUGGGGAUUUGUACUGUGUUCUGUGCCCAGGAGUUUCUCGAUGGGGUACACUUGCUUUUAGGUUGCCAGGCAACAAGUGGAGACUCUGGGAAGUCACUGUGCCCGGCCAAGAAAUCAUCCAAAUUUAGUUUGUAUUGAUCGUUUACCAAACUCUGUAAGAAAACAAAUGAGCGUGUUUCCAAAAACUGCCUUACAUCAAGUGUUAGCAGAAGAAUAUCUGAUCCUUUGAGCCCAUACGAUACAUCCUUAAAUGCAAAAGCAAAGAUGUGGUUUCCUCUCCAUUUAGAAACAUAUCAGAGCUUUGUGUUAAAAAAUAAUACCAUUUUUACCGACCAAAGAAAGAACCCUUCUGUUCUUGUUUGUAUUUGUGCUCCACUGUCAGUGUUUGCCUCUGUACCUGUAGCUAAGACGCAUGUGUGUUGUUCUUUGGGAGAAAAAUCAGGAGGAGGCAGACUGUCAGCGAGGGGUAAAUUGGACAAAAGAUGGCCUGCUGAUUCGUUGCUUGGGAACAAGUUGUGGUGCUGCAUUCAGACUGAAUUGUUGAUGGAUCCCGCGAGGAGUCAAAACAUGUUUACUGGUCUGCCUUAUGUUUGAUCCUCACCCAUUUAUUCUCCUAUCUCCCCUAAAGAUGGUUUUUAGAGUCUCUGUGUAUUUUAUGGUGUGUCACCUCCUGAGAGUGUUGACAUUUUAUCAACUUUUUUUUCUGCAGAAAUGGCAGCGUGAUGCUGCCAAGAAUCACCUGAGUGACUGAUAUUCUUCAGACUGCAGCUUUUACGGUCACUCGGCGUUAAAGAAAGCGAGAAAACUCCCUUUUGGGUCUAUACUUCUGAAUUAUUUGUCAAACUUUGAUCGGAGUGAAGGCAAAGCAAUAGAGGAUAAAAAUCAAUACCUCAGGACAAAAGGUUGGACCAUAUGUUCAGAUUUGUGGCAGCCUAAGUCACUUUGUAGAUGCUCAGCUGGAUGGUCAGAGCUACUCUUUAAAUGCUCAUGUAUUGCUGGUACAAGACAAAAUAAAUCACUGUCAUUUCUGUCCCCAUGCACAGACUUGUAGAGCUCAGCUGGACCUGUUUCUCCAACCGGCUUUCUUCACAUUAUAACCAUUCUUAUACUUUCUAAAGAUCAGUCUGAAAACUUACAGCUUUUCUGGCAAAUAAAGUCCAUAUUAAAUUGUAUAUGAAAACACAAAUGUCAGACAUUUUAACAGGGGAUUUUCAAUUUAACCUUUGCUAUUUAACAUGCAACAUUCAUAUGCCGUGUGCAAGCAUAUGGACAUGAUUCAAUGGAUAUGCACUUAUGGAGUGAUGUCAGAAUGAGGGAGCUGCACUCAGUCUUCCCGAUCAGUUUGGACUUGAGUUUAUUUUCACAUAACAUUUGCCACGCCCAGGAAGUGAACCUGCAACUCUCAAGCUACCAGCCUUUUUACUAAACUAUUGCUUCUACUGGGUCUUGAUCGAGUGACCCCCAAUUUCCUACAGAUGAAACCACUCAACCAACUUUUCAGCCAUCAAAUGUCUCUAUUUCCUGCUUCCUUAGAAAUGACUAUAAAGGUUUCUGAAUAUACUGGGCAUCUAAUGGAGUGAGGAAGCGUGGAUAAUGCUGCAGUGAAGUGGUCUGGGAUGCAUCUGUGAUCACUCGAAUACUUUUUUGCUGUUGACCUUGUUGCUGUUGGAUCCAUUGUGUGUAACUUGAGUGCAAAGGAGAUGUAAAAAGAAACUUGGUGAGUGCACUUUUCCCGUGGCUCAGCUGGGUGAAAAUACACUGAUAUCAGCUCAAGAAGGCAAUUAAACACAUAAGGCAAGUUAAAACGCUUAAAAUGAAGAAUAAAUAUUCAGCAAACCACUGGAGGUUGAUUGACGUUGAUGCUCUUCAAUCCGGUCUUCAGCUGGUCUCCAGUGGGUUGGGCGAAUCCAAAAUGGUGAAAACAAGGGGGGUGUUCUGAGACAUGCUGUUACCUGUGAAACUGAGGUGCUCUGAAAACACCCCCAUUAGCAGUUGGUAUUAACCAUAGACUGUUAAUUGACACGGAGAAAAAUCGAGUCGACCAAUCAGAAUUUUGUUUGACUCAGCACGUAUCGACCAAUUAAUCAACCAGUCGACUAGGACUUCACAGCCCUAAUGAGAAUGCAUCGUUGUGUGCAUGAAGAUCAGAUUUAAUUGUUAAAAUAUUAUUAGAGCAACAUGCUUUGCGAAUCGGACCUUGAGCAGACAGCAGGAGCGAAUGAUGCUGAAUUCUUGGUGCUUUUAGCUGCAACGGUUCAUUUUAAGCAAAUACCCCAACCAGUGUUUACAACCAUACAAGAGGAUGUUGACAAGUGUUAUGUACUGUUCAUCCUCUUGUUUGUUCUGUUUGAGUGACAGCCCUCUGCAGCUAACACCGUUGUGGAAACUAUUUGGGACUGCAGCAGCUUUCAUAGCACAGCUAGCUCCACACUGACUGAAAUCUCCACUCUGAUGUCCCCACCUCUGCAGGAUAGUGGCUGUGAGGCAGAAUAAUUAAUUGUUCGACAUAAAAAAUUACUGAAGUAGAUUUUUACCCAAGGGACUAUUUGGUCUGCCACCAUGCCUCAUUAUGUUGCUCAAGGGCUUGUGGGUAAUUAUUACCACACUGUGCUUUUUGUGCUUCCAGGAAACAAUAUGGUAUCUGUCCCACUUGGACAUUCUUUUGGUCAUGCAAACAAAUCGUGUGGCAGAUGUAGCCCAGACACGCAGCUGUGUGUAAAUUCCAUUCAUCAGAGGAUAUAGUCCUUAUGGGAUUUGGGGUAAUUAUGUUACUGUUUAGAUCUGAAAGACAUUUACUCACGAAAAUAUGAACUACCCUGUGUUAAACAGCUGGAAAUCCAACAAAAGACCUCAAACAGGAAUAGAAUUUAACAAAUUGGACAGAUUGCAGUUGUUUUAUGUUCCCAUGAAUCGUGUUUUUCAAGUCAACAGCUCAUUGUCAUGCACCUAAAAUUACACCCCAAAACCUCAGUGAAUAAUUGGAGUCUCAUUAAAGACGUUACAUGCUAGGAGAAGAUGAUAGGCUCCUGAAAUAACAGGCUGGUGGUAUUUUAAAUUCAAAUGAGGGUCUAAACUUACCUGCUUUUCAGUUAAUAAGGUGUCUGUGUUUGAUAAUGAGCAAGUCCAGAGGAAGUCCUGUUCCAGCAAGCCUUGGAGACACACCGCCUCUGACUUAGAGUGUGCGUGUGUGUGAAGUGAUACAUGUGUAUGAGAAGGGAUUGCUCAAUAGACCAUUGUGUAAAAAGCUUAUUUACCUGUUAAGAAGGUCAACUCAGUCCCCCCACAGACAGCUAAAGCUCAAAGAAGAAACAAAAGUGUUUUAUGCAGGAAAAAAAGAAAACCUGAGAGACACACAGACACAGAGAGGAUGUACUACACAGAUGGAAAGAGUGAUGUACUGUGGCUUUGGGGAGCUGAAAGAGAUCCUCUGUGUUCUGGACAAAACAGAUCCGGUGUGUUUUGGAUGAGGCUGCAAAGACUUUACAAAAAAAUACAGUGGGAGGCUUUGAGUUUUAGAAGGAGUGAUGAGUCAAGUAUCAGAGUUCAAAACAAGACUCAGAGUCUGUGGCAGUGUUGACAUUGCUCUGUGUGGCUGUACUGAAGUGGUAAUGCUUUGAACUCAAAGAUAAAAUCAGGAUACUUACAAAAAAAAACCAGAAUUAAGGUUGUGAAUUAAGCAGGUAGGACUCUGACACUGCACUUGUUUGAUUUUGCAUGUCUGUCAGCAAAUAUCGAAUAUUGAUAUCGAUAUGAAACAUGGUCAAUAUGCUUUUCGAUAGCAGGCAUUCUGCCAUGUUUUGGUAGACAAUACUAAUUGCCAAUGAAAAGGGGAGUUGCUCCGAGUCUGCACUGCGCUGAACCAAUCAUGUGCUGAAUUAGGACCAAGUAGCAAACAACGACGUAGUAGCAGGCUGCAACUACACGCAACCAUAGCAUGCAACACGUGAAGCCGACAGCACUGAAAAAAAGAAAAUGAGUGCUACCCCCCAGCAGAAAUGCAGAUGAACGCCCAAGCGAUUACAACAUCGUCAACCAGACUGGCACAAGCAAGUGAGAAGCAGCCCGCGAUGCCUGUGCAGUCGCAACAGCCGACCAUUAAGUCCACUUUCUCUAGAGCAAUGCCUGACAACAAAAUGUCGUAAAGACCUCAGAUGCAGUAGCUCAUUAGGAUAUAUGAGCUAUAUUUAUAUUUAUUGAUAUUGACCAAUAUGAAAAAAUAUAUUGUGAUAAACUUUUUCCCAUAUUGCCCAGCCCUAAGUGGCGCUAUGCAGCUAGCAUGGCUAAUUAGAAAGUUUGUAAGGAGCCAUAAAGGGAAAUCAUGAAAGGAGAGAAGCACACCACAACAAAAAAGAUACAGGUUAUAGAGAUGAGAGGGGACAGAAUAGAGCCACAGAUAGCUGGAGACAGAUAGUGAAACAAGGCAGAGGGAAUGUAAGAGGCCUGUGUGAGUCUCCAGGCAGUGGUCCUUAUGUGGCCUGUUUCAACACUCCCCUUCACCAUCUGUCACAUCCCACAUUGCAGGGACAAGGAUAGGAAUGGCACCAGCGCUCAUCUCUCAGAGUUACACUCCAACUGCUAUUUUAGCACCGGAGCCGAGCUGCAGUGACUCCCCUCCUCCAGCCCAUCCCACAUUUAUAUUUCAUAUUUACAUGCAAAGCAUUUAUCUGAGUCUGAUGAAGAGCAAUCCAAGUGCAGCAGUCGAACAGGGUCACUCCCCCUCCUCUCUCUUAUUACCACACUUAACAAUGUGAGUCUGUUACUUUCAAUUCUUUGCUUUUCUUUGUCUUUUCUCCUUCUUCUUUCUCCCUUGUUCCCAGAGCAGAUUCUCCCACUUAAUUUGCCUUCCAUCAGCCCCACAAUGCCCCAUUUAUAGUAUGUUUAAUUCUCUCUCAGCCAGUGGUAUUUCAGAGUCCUUGGGAUUUGCAUCAAUGUCAAGUACUUGCACGUGGUUGGCUGCUGGAGUGUGUCUGUGGGAGUGGAUUCUGUCUUUGAACAUCUUAAUUGCUGGCUCCUGGUUGGCCGUUGUGGUGCCUGAAUGCUCCAGCUAACUUGAUAGUGCGGUUAAAAGUCUCUCUGCACUCUGGUUGGGAUUGUAAGAAUUUAUAAUUCCCGAGUCGCCCUUAAAGCCUGAAUGCAUCUGGUUCACUGAUGCUUAACUACACAGUGGUUGAAAUUAUUGUGCAUCGCUAUCAAGCUGUCCGCAUAUUCCCAGCAUAUGUACCUUUAUAUUCUUGUGGCAGUAAAUACUAUUUCAAUGCGUUUUCAUGCGACUUGAUAUCAUGAAACUUGGUGUCUUUUGUUCAGGUUUCUUUACUGUCUGUCAGUAAGUGACUGAAUCCAAAGAGCGAGUGCAGGCCUGGUUGCAAGGACGGAUCAGAAGCAGGAUAUUACUGUCUGAAAGAGCCGGCUUCUCCCCAUUGAGGUGUCAGCUGUGCUCUCUCAGAGCCCAGAGACACGCAGGGGGAAUAACACACACAUUCGCACGCACACACACAUUUGUAUUCCCGCAGUCACCUACAGACACUCUUGAUGUGAGGGAAUAAUCAGCGUUUGAGAACAUUUCGCCUCAUUGCUUAUUCAUAGCCUGGCAUUGUGUUUAUGUCUUAUUCAUGCCUCUGCUCGUGAUGUCUAUCUGUUUUAAUGAGUCAUUGGGGCUAAUUGUCGGUACGUGCUGAUAGUGUAAGAGGAAGACGGAAUCGAGAAAGGUAUUUCCAUCAACCAGACUCAUCUCUGUGGAUUCGCCUGUGCCGGUAUGAAAAGGGUCUGGAUUACACAGAGUCAAGUUAGCGUUUCCAAAUAGAGGAUUUGUAUUAGCUUCUAACAAUAUCCUAUUCAUUGGCAACAGAUGAAUGUGUCACUGUGGUUUGGCACGUGGCUGAGCUCAUCUCUGUAAUAAUUAAUCUGAUGUUUUGAUUCGGAAUGAAAAGCUGAUUACUCUGCAUGUGGCUUCAAAUAGAAGAUAGAGACGUCAGGAUAAAUUCAAGGAUGAGAUAAGAUGAAGCUCCACCUUGAAUUUUUCUGUAAUCUGUGAUUUAGCAGUCAAGGUUUGUGUAUCUGUGAAAUCCACAGGUCCUUGCAGGAGCUAACUCACAGUCGACUCGGUUAGAUUUUUUUUUACAUCUGAACCCCGCUGCCUCGUUUUGAUGGAACUGCCCCAGAUCUGCCAAACAAACACUGAGCUCUGACAGCUUUAUGUUUCCUGUUUGUAAUUCUGGCCUGUCUUGUUUUUAUUUACCCUGGUGUCGUUUGUUUGUUGUGUACAGACGAAGUCACAGGUUACGGGCCAGUGUUUGAGGAGCAGCCGGUGGAUACCAUCUAUCCAGAGGAGUCGCCUGAGGCAAAAAUCACCAUGAGCUGCCGGGCUCGGGCCAGUCCACCUGCUACAUACAAGUAACAUAUGCUCUCUGUGAAGCCUGUCUCACUACUGCAUGCUGUGCAUUCUGUGUGUUGGACAUAGCUCAGCCUGGACUCCGACUAUUUUAAGACCUGCCAGCAAAAGCUAAGGUCACAAGCUUCUUUCUGCUCUGACAUUUGCUACAACCCCGAGGUUAGCUACUGUUCGUGUGUGUGAUCAUCCUGCUGUGCACGAUUGAGGGAUACUUUCAAAUCCACAUUUAUCCUGUUUGUUUUCUCCUUAUGCUAACAAAAUUAUUAUGCUGCAUUAUCAUUUUCCAGAAAAAUCUAUAAACAAAUACGAUUUUGUUCUCGCAGCAACAACACACACAGCUCUGGCAUCCUGUCACCGUCUCAUUUAGCAGCUCAAAAAUGUGGAGCAUUUUUCAUGAUCCAUUUCAAUUUAGAUGUAAAUAUAUGUAAAUUAUAUAGCUGUAGCAUCCCCCAAACCGGUUCCACUGUCAAAGAGCCCAGAAUGAGAUGUCAGAGGGGAAAGAAUUAGCUUUGACCACGGUUGGUAUUAAGUGUUUGAGAGGGUUCAUCUGCAGUUGAACGCACUGCGCAUUUCAAAAUAUGACAUUUCAUUUGUUGUUGCUUUUAUGGAGGACAUUUUUCAGUCGUUAAGAGUUAUUUUGUUAGAAACACAACAUACAGAUUAAAAGCUUUUAAAAGCAUAUUCCUGGAAUCUAUUGAUUUUGAUUGAUUUCCUUUUUGCAGGUGGAUGCUGGAGGACACAGAAAUUGACUUUACCGCAGAGGGCAGCCACUACAGCUUAGUCGGAGGAAACUUGGUCAUCAGCAACCCGGUGAAAACGCUACAUGUAGGAAAAUACUCCUGUUUGGCUUACAACAAGUUCGGCACAGUCGUGAGCCAAAAGGCCUCCGUCCAGUUCGGAUGUAAGUGACCCAGAUGUGAACCCCCCCCUCCCAUUGAGACUGCAAUGAAGAUGUAGGGUACCACACAGAUUUAACAGAGAGCUGCCCUGAAGCUGUACUUUCAUGCAUAUUAAGCACACUGACAUUGCAAGGGCAGCCAGAACAAAUUAUAAGUGGUGUGGAAGUGCAAUUUGUGAAUGGUCCAACUUCAUUUUGCCACCAACGCUAAUACACUUUCUUAUUAAAUCUACAACUCAAUUUAAAAGUAGUUUGUGAACUCAUAUCCUCAAACUUUGGGUGUCUAUUAUUUUGAAAAUAAGCGGCAGAUGGGUGACCAGGGGUGGCAUCAGCCCCCCCUCCAUAUAAAUAAUAAUAAUAAUAAUAAUAAUAAUUGACAACCUUCCAGUUAUUGGCCGACCACUCUACCUCCUGAAGCUCAGGAGAUUGGCAAGCUUCUUGCAAUGUGAAACUGCGAUAAUAUAACUGCCCUGAGCACAACUCGUACAGAGUUGUUCGCUCGCUGGUCCAUUCCUGAAGCCCAUUGCCUUGCAAUGGCACACUGGUGACCACAACCCUGCAGAACAAAGUGAAGAUGUGAACGGGAAGAGCUUUGUGGCAGCAGUAUAAAAGUUAGCGGCAGCAGCCUCAGUGAUCCCCUCACCUCUAUCAUCCUUGAGGGGUGUUUUCAUGAGCAAUACUGUAUUCUAGAGCAGUGGUUCCCAAACUUUUUCCCCCCAAGGCACACCAAAGGACAAGUAAAAAUCUCAAGGCACACCUAUUGUGAAAAAUAACACCUGUUAUCACUCAUAUCAUGUAAAAUAUACAUAAAUGUACAUAAUUAUUUACUGGUACCAAAUUAAAUAUGACAAAGUUUACUCAUCAAAUAGUAUUUAUUAACAAAUAUUUUUAAAAUCCAUUUUAAACUUUAUCAAAUUAGGCUUCAUCGAAGCAACAACACGACAAUUUAAACAAGACAGGUCACAAAAUUAAAAGUGAGGCAAAGGAAACUCAGCAGAAAACUUUAACUCGUUGAGAUGCCCAAAUAUGUCUGCAAGGUAAGCCAGCCUGGUGCACCACCUCUCACCACGAGCUUGUCCUUAUGUGCGACAGCGUGUUUGUGUGAACAUUCUAAAACUCUUCCUGAAGUUCAUAAAGGCGGGAUAGGACUUUCCCUGUGAUGGCCAAAAUUUCAAAAUCUCACAGCACACCCGGACUUGCCUAGAGAAUUGAAAAGUUUUCUGUGGAUGACAUCUGUGUUUUGGUAUUUUUUGCUAAAGGUGAUGACAGCCCUAUCUAAAAAUGUGACCAAAGAUUAAUAAUAUGUUUGUGAUUGCUUGUGUACUUAUUUGAUUUUAUCAGUUUGUCUUUUGUAUUACACUUCUUAAUGCCACAUACACCAGCUGGCCACCCAAGUUUAACAAGUCUAGACAGGCCCCUGGUUUAUAAAUGAGGCUAAAAUGAUGCCCUAAUUUUGAGGAACUUUUGAUUCAAAUUAAUGAGUUCUUUGUUUCGGUCUCUUCCCCUAGAUCUCGAUCUUUUCUCAUCAGAGGAGAGGGAGUCUGUGUACAUCAAAGAGGGGCAGGGGGCGGUGCUGCUCUGUGCUCCUCCACCACAUUAUCCAGGUACAUCCUGCUAUAGCUGAAUGUGCUCGCAAACUUGGUCCUAUCUCUGGUCAUGAAAAGAUCACGUCUGGCCGUUAAGCAUGCAGGUGGAGUAUCGGCACACUCAUUUUGAUAGCUAGUCCUCGUUCCUUGAUGUUGUGAAUUUCCUGCAAAAAGUAAAAGUGUGAUUUCUAUAGAAGUCACAAAAGCGCUCCGCUGAUCCUUUCACAUCUGCAUCGAUUCAUGUCAUAUAUUUGGUUCAUCGGUUGCAUGGAAACUCCUGUUGGUUUGGGAUUGAAUUGCCCUUCUAAAUGUCCUCUGAGGUAUAUAAAAUGAAACCAUUAACUCUGCUGCCACCUCAUUUUCAGCUCUUUUUUCUCAGUUAACAUUUAACCCCAUACUGGGUUUAUUUUUUCUUCCACAUGGUUGUAAAAUGAAAAAUAAUACGUCAGGAUUUCACUUGUUUUGUUUUCAUGUCAUUGCAGGAAUAGUUGUUGUUGUUGCACUCAUUAUAUUGGUAUAUGGCCUAUUUCAUUUCCUCAGUUUUGAGCCCUUGAAUCUUUAUUUUUAAACAUCGCUGAAUGACAGACAUUGCCAUUCACAAAUAAAUCCAUUAACAUUUUUUCAUAUCCAUGGUGAUGCAAAUCAGUCAACCAACAGUCUGAAAGCUUUAUAACUUCCUUUCAGAAGCAACAGAAUUGCCGGGAAAAGCCAAUAUGCUUAUGUUAUCCAUCUAUUGUGCCUCUCAGUAAGGAGAAUUUUAAGAUUUCAUCUGAAAGGUCAACGGAUGCCUGAAUACUAAAUCCCCCUUAGCCCCAAAGAGUUGUGCUAUUUUAGUUUUGCGUGCAUUCAGAGUAUUCAAAUCAAAUCCCUCUUGCUUUGAAGGUUUUUCUGUGUCCUGGGCCUUGAUUGACAGACAGUUGUUGUGUCUCUUUUUGUGCAGAAGAGCUUUCAUUUCGAUGGAUCCUCAAUGAAUUCCCCACUUUCAUCCCACUGGACAAGCGGCGUUUCGUCUCCCAGAUAACGGGUAACCUCUACAUCUCCAAAGUUGACUCCUCAGACAGCGGCAACUACUCCUGCAUUGCGUCCAGCCCAUCCAUUUCCAAGAGUGUCUUCUCCAACUACAUCCCCCUGGUGCCUCUGGCUGAACGUCAGUAACUUAUCAACCAAUCUUAUUUUGACUUUCUCUUUUUCUUGCUUUCUUGCAGAUCAUGCACUUACACAGGUUAAUAUGUCUGUUUGCUCCAGUUAUACCGUCAGUGGUGUUAAAUGACCCACAUUGAAGCACAAGUAAAAAUCUAGGUUAUUUUUAAUCAUCUUGCACCAGAUUGAUCACAGUAUGGUACGUGGGCUGUAGCAACAUUUGCAAUCCUCUGAAAUGAAUCCUUCUCGCUUUAAAAUGCAAAUAUUGUUCAGAUUUCAAAGUGCGAAGUGUUUCUGCGAUAGUGAUUUACAGUCAUGACUUCUCAAAAUCCAGAACCCAACUGUUUUUUAAAGAGGUGAGUUUAAUAGACAUCCAGAAAGAUCAUAGAUUUGUCUCUCCUGUAGUCUUUAAUUUCAGCAGUGCUUGUUCUGUUGGGAUAAAGUUGUCACUCUUAAACUGAGAUGUACAGAGGUCAGCUCUAAAGUCACCUGGCUCACAAGAACUUCCUCAGAGGGAAGCGAAGCCAGAAUGUUGAAUUUUGACGAUGACUGAACUGGAACAUGAAGAGCCCUAGAGACAAGGGUUCACAAACUACAACGGUGUCCUUCAAGUCUGUUAAUGCUAUAUGAUUGUCAGAGUACAAGCACAAACAGACAACUAUUUUAACAUUUGACUCUGGGGGUCUUCCCAGAAUCCAUCAGGGUGUCCUUUUCAGGGUUAUAUAACUUUUCCCAGCUUGAAAUGUGGGGAAUGGGAAUAGUACUGUAUUUCCUGAGAGCACAAACUAGACCGUCAGAAUAAGAAUAGAGCAGACUUGUUGUUUGGACUCUCUCAUGCAUAUGUGUGUUAUAAAAUCCCCCUCAGGUAGUGUGUGACCCAUAUUUAACUCUUAAGUACUUGGUUUGUCUUUGUGCAUACCUUAGCAUCCAGCCAAGGUUUUUGAAAGACUGUGUGUAGAAAUAGGACACUACUGGAGUAUUUGUUGUGACUGCUAAUCCUCUGAGUUACAUAUAAUCUCUGUUUUCAUACAAAGUGUGCUCUUUAUGUAAAGUAGCAUUGCAGCUUUAGUGUUGUUUGUUGAAGUUCUAAUUUUGUUGAUGGACCAGAACCUUAAGAGACCUUAAAGGGAUAUUCCGGCUUAAAAUUAUGGUGGUCAAACCACCAUAACACCGAGUUAGACACUCCGUCAAGGGAUUAAUGUUGCGGACCGCUUGCUUCUCUAGUUAAACCAACUUUAGUAACGACCGCAGAUAGCAAUACACAGCGGUCCCAGGAGCCACAAGCUCGACCAAAGAGCCACUCUAUAGCCAAAAAUAAUGCAAGAACAAGGAAGAACAUUUAUGAUCAUUUCUUUAUCAUUUCCUAUUAGUAAUAAUCACCAUAUUAAUCAUUUUGCACUGCAGACGCGGUAGUUCUUCUGCCUUAGCGUCUCGGUCUGAUUGCAUUUCCAUGAAGAAAUGAUCAUAAAUGUUCUUCCUUGAGCUGCGUCACCCCGCUGCGGUAAUGGACCCACCUGAGGUCUCUGUACAAACAAGCGGCUGCUGGAAGAGAGUGGGUGAGUUGUGUUUAGUCUCUUUGCUUAAGAAAUUAGGGAAAGUUAAAAAGAUGUUUGGUGGCUAGUGCUAUGGCUAGGACUCUUUAUGUACUGUUGAUGAAGUUAGAUGCUGUUCUGAGCAUUAUUUGUGGCUAUAGAGUGGCUUUUUGGUUAAGGUUUGCACGUGGAGAUGUAGACUGCUGUGUAUUGCUAUCUGCGGUCGUUACUAAAAUUAGUAUAACGAUAGAAGCAAGUGGUCGGCAACAUUCAUCUCUCGAGGGGGUGUCUAACUUAGUGUUACGGUGUGUUUGACCUUAACUUUAUUUUACGCCAGAAUAUCCCUUUAAGAAACCUGACGAUUGGAACCUAACUGCUGCAGCAACCUUAACCUGAGUCUGAUUAGCAGUUCCAUUUUGGACGGGUGUUUCUGAAGUUUCUUGUGUACUUUUAAAACUUUAACUAACAAAAACUCUUUUAUAAUUAACUGUGUUCUGAAAAUCUGGUGUGAAAUCAGAAAAGAGGAAACUUUUCGAGGAUACUAUUUUUUUUCUGCUUGUCCUUCUACUGAUUAGAAAAUCAAGUCCAGCACAAUGGCAAACACUCUGGCACUCAACCACCUGCGGAGGUAACUCAGAUUCAAAAUUACAGAGUGGCUGAGAGGACGAUAAAUUAGAGAAGCACUUGGCUCCAAAUUAAGAGCUGCAAAUCUGGACUCUGACGCAUCAGAGGCAAAAUCAAGUUUCUGAGCCUUAUAUUAUUUAACCACAGACUCCUCUUGCUGUGGCCGUGAGAACGAAUCCCUGUGAAAAUGUGCCUCCAGAGUCUCCUAGAAAUAAUCGAUGAGUCAGAGAAACCUAAAUACUCCUGGUAAAUAACGCUGUCCCUGAAGGUCUAUGUAAACUUUAUAACCCGCAUCACUGUCAAAACCAGGACGAGACCAUAAACCCAGGUACCAGUCUGCUUGUAAAUGUAAUCUUUGUGAAGUUAGCCGAAAGUAUCUUGUCAACAUCCACUUCCUGUAUGUGUCUUAGGAGGAUAUCAGAGUAAAGGAGGUUUUAAAAAGGAGUAUCCUGUGCUAGAUUUGACCCACUUAGCAGUCGGGAGACGUUUGGGAAGAAAACCUCGAAACCACCGUGUUGGUUAAAAUCAUCAGUAAAUCAUCCUGAAACCAAUGUGGAAAAAGGUUUAGUAAGUGAGUCAUGACUCUCGCCUGUUGUUAUUCCUCUCAGGUCCCAUCAGGAAAUACCCAGCUGACCUGAGAGUCAAGUUCCCAGACACCACCGCGCUAGUGGGGCAGAAUAUCACCUUAGAGUGCUUCGCCUUGGGAAAGUAAGUGCUGGAGAACAAGGUUUACCUUUAGUUAUUUGUACAGAUUGAAAAGUGUCUUACUGGACUGGAAAGUUUCAUGACAGCCUGAUGACAAAAACGUACUUUUAGCUUCUAACUUGUAUUUGUUGUUGAAUUGAAUUGAAUUUACCACCUGGUGUUCCUCCGGCUGUGUUUAGUACUCAAUUCUGAUUGGUUCAUACUCCAUAACGAUGGUCAAAUCAGUUGCUUUCUGCAUCUGUUAAGAAUCUCUAUGGAAAAACACUAAUUAUAAGACUUUAUUGUUAAUGGAAAUGUUUAGAUCAAUGUGAUUUAUAGAUAAACUGUAUACCGUAUUUUUCGCACUAUAAGGCGCACGUGAUUAUAAGGCGCACCAUCAAUGAGCGCAUCUAUUCGCGUCUAUUUUCAUACAUAAAGCGCACCGGAUUAUAAGGCGCACCGGAUUAUAAAGUGCAUUAAGCCAAACAAAGUGGUCCGACACGCCAUCGGGCUGUGCGGCUUUGUAGCUUACCGAAGUCGUAAUAAAAUAUUUUGCCAGAUUUUUGAGCGCUGUGUACCUCAUAAAAUCGGUUCGAGGUCAGUAAGCACAACCAGAAUUCAUACGUAAGGUGCACCUGAUUAUAAGGCGCACUGAGGAUUUUUGAUAAAAUUAAAGGAUUUCAAGUGCGCCCUAUAGUACGAAAAUACGGUAUACUAUGGACAACUUAGCUCCGACAGUCCGUCAUCAUACAAAUUUGAAGCCAAAUUGCUCUCGGUAUUUCCAGGAUUUUCUCCACUUUCUGGAACCGCCACUCGCACAGUCAUGUUCUACGCAUUUGGUGGGAGAGUCGCUGUAAUGGCGCUCUUCUCGAAUGAGCGUAUGCCCCCGGGUUGAUCUACACAAUCUUUGUAUACCCAUAGGCCGCAUCAAGUGUCAGUAACAGAAAAGCAGGACUUAAACUAAGAUGAAAUGUUCAGUUUAAUUUCAAUUCUACUGGCAAGUAGCCUGACAAGAUUGCAAUCGAAGUGCUGCCAACCAUCAAAUUUGACAGUGAUUUACAGUGAACUAUACGUUAUCCUUGACAAAAUCAAGUUUCACGUACUGAUGAGGUAGUUUUUGUCUUCUCAGGUGGCAUGUGAAAAAGUGAUUCAAAAUAAUGCUGUAGGAUCUUCAGCCUUGUAGUAAACAGAUAUCACCUACAGACAAGUUGCUCCUCUGGCUCAGAUUCACCCUUCAGCACUAAAAGAUUCAUAAAGCACAGUUCAGAAUAGUGAUGACCUGAGCGCUGUAUAACUGAGGCUUAUGUAUAACAAGCUGAAAUCUGCCUUGUGUAUUAUUUUCGUCUGUCUCUGCCCUCUCCAGCCCCGUCCCUGAGAUCCGCUGGAAGAAGCUAAACGGGCAGCUUCCAGCCAAUCACGAGGUGAGUAUGGCUGGGGCUCACCUGCACCUGUACAAUGUGCAAUUUGAAGACGAAGGCACCUAUCAGUGUGAGGCUGUGAACUCCAAAGGGAAGGACUACCAUGCUGCCCGUGUAUCUGUAGAAGGUAGGAAGUGUGUUUUGUCCCUCUCUAAAAACACUCCUGAGGAUUAUAAUUCGUUACGUGGGUGAACUUUCUAGCAGCUGUAUUAUUUAUAUGCUAAGAACAUUGUGUGGGGACAAUCCACCAGUUCUUUCUUUUCAUCUGUAUCUGGCACAUUUUUUUCAGAUUUUACUUUAUUUUCCACAUCUAACAUCUCAUUUAAUGCCUCAAGUUUCAAUCCAUAACAUUUAUAAUUCAGCAGCUUUGCACUUCUUUCUCGAUUCGUCUCAAAAUUGUAACACUCACUCUGAUUAUUUGCAGCUUAUCCCGAGUGGGAGGAGCACAUCAGCAGAACAGAAAAAGAGCUCAACAGUGAAUACACCAUGUCCUGCGUGGCCAGUGGCAAACCAAAACCGCACAUUCGCUGGCUAAAAGACGGAGAACUGGUAACAUUCAAACUCAUAAACCUUUAUUCGCAUAUGACUGAGCAAUCAAGCAUUUACUCUACGAUACUCAGAGCCUUCUUGUGCAGAACUGUACAGUCUGUACUGUUAGAAGCUGUUCAACAUACAGCUCGGUGUUGUUACAGUAGCACUGCAGCAACAGGAAGCUGGCACUGCGGGUGCACACUGUGUCAGGAAAAAGUACCUGUUGUUAUUGAGCAGAUGCCAGCGUGGGUUGUGUAACCCUCCAUAGAAACAACUGUCAUCAGACUGGAAAAAUACCCCAGAGAGUAGAAGGUAGUGUCAGCAGAGCGGGGGAGGUCGCUUGAAAUAAAGUUACUCAUCAUGUUUGAGUGAAAACCUUGACUAGUCAAAUUAAUUAGUUGUCAUCUCCGACUCUGCGGAGGUCAACAAUCAACGGAUUGAGUUUAAUCCUUGAACCUUUGCUAAGUGAUUGAAUUUAAAAUGCAUGAAAAUGGUUUGAGAUAUGAAGUAACGUUUUAACUUUUCUCUCCUCUUAUUUUCUCCAGACUGACAGGAAAGAAAUGAGGUUCAGCAGUUUGUCAUUCCAAGACUCAGGGAUGUAUCAGUGCAUAGCAGAGAAUCCUCACGGAGUCAUAUACGCCAAUGCAGAGCUGCGUGUUUUUGGUGAGUCACGUUUUGGCUGCAGCCACAGCACAAAUGGCUGCAUCAGAGAUUUAAAGGUCACAUUUCAGGCAGACUAAUUGGGGCUUAUUAGGGGCUUACGGAGUGCAUUGUCAUAUUUUAUUACAAAAAGUAACGUUGAUUAGGCUGAAAAAUACAACACGGAUAAAGAAUGUAGUCAAAAUCGUCAUCUGGUCAUUUUAAAAUAGGGUGCACAGUAUGCUAGUUUAGCACACAAGGCAUUUUUAUGAAUGGAAGAUGCAUCAUUAAUGCAGGCAAGUCUGCAGUUCAUUAAUUUUUGACUAAGUUUGUGAUAAAUAAUCUAUUGUGUCCCUUCUUAGCAUGUGCUCCAACAUUCAAACACAACCCUGUGAAGAGAGUCUUGGCGGCUAGAAAUGGCCGAGUGGUGAUACAGUGUCGACCCAAAGCGGCCCCAAAGCCGAGCUUCUCCUGGAGCAAAGACACAGAGCUGCUAUCCAACUCAACCAGGUGAGCAGUCUUCAAAACAUGGCCCACACCUCAAUAUUUGAAGGAAAUGUUCUCAUUCAGGAGCUUUUCAUGCUAAAUUGUUCUGCUGUAGUAAUACAUUUCAGUGUUUAUCAACCUUUUUUUUCUGUGACACAUCUGGGUCAUAGUAAUUCACAGACAUAUUUCUGAGUUUUCUCCAGAGUAGCAAAAACCUAAACCGUUUUGCGAUUUGUGGGACUGAACAAGCUUUAGAUCUCCAAAAUCUACUCCACGUGCCUGGGAUGUCUUUAGUGUUGAGCUUCGUCUGUCAGCAGUUGACAUUAAUCUCAUUCUGAAGCUCAUCAGCUUUUACAGAGUGGAUGCGUAAACCCCUGUCUUGUGCUCCUCACCGACUAAACAAGCCUAAUCUUUGAGCUCCUAGACCCCCGAGUCUUUCCCCCACCUCACAACCAUACAUGCGCUACAGUGAAACUAGCACAGAGGCGAAGCAGCGGCGAAAUUACCAUGCAGCAUAUGCCUCCUAAUGCUCUUUAUGGAGGCUGUCUGGGUGAAAGUGGGUGUGUGGAAGAGUGACAGGGCAGCUGGCCCCUCGCUGUUUGUCAUGCAUGAAUAUAAAACACGCAGCCAAAUACGAAUCAAACAUUGUAAUGUGCAAUUUAAUCUGUAGUUUCAACUUCAAAUCCUUUUCAGAUUUUUCCUCCUUAAAAAUUUCUGAGCUGUCAAGCCUCUUCAUCCCUUUCAAUCAUCCACUCAUCCGUGGAAUAACACGCGCUGGACUUUUGACCUCCAUUUUGCACUGAAUAUUUUAUAACACAUAGCUUUUUCUUGUUUAGCCGAUGAAGACUUAAUUCCGCUUUCUCCUUCAGGGUUUUUAUCUUGGAGGAUGGGAGUUUGGAGAUCCUUAACGUGACCCGCGCAGACGAAGGCAGGUACACCUGUUUCGCCCAGAACGACUGGGGAGAGGCGAACAGCACAGGCUCUCUAGUGGUUACAGGCAAGUUCUAUUCAUCAAUCUAUUCAAAGCUGAUUUUGUAACGUCUCUAGGACAGUUUCACUUGCUUUGUCUUCCCUGUCAAUCACUCCCAUCACAAACAGUCCUGACCUCCAAAUGUCUGCUGUUGUUGAGUUAUUCCCCUCUCGGUGGGCUGCUGGUGAAUAUUCAGUCAUUCCCAGAGGGCAGAGGCGAGAGGGGGUUUGUUUUUAGAUCAGAUGUAAUGAGACAAGGGGAAAAAUGCUCGAUAGAAAAAUGCAGACCUGAGUCGUGAACUUGUUCAGCAAGUUUGACCCACUAACAAAUGUUUAAAUUGAUUUGCUUGUCUUUUUUUUCCAUACAUGCAGUUUCAGCUGUCGUGACUGUUUUGUUUUUUUUCCAGUUGAGCCCCAGCUGUGCUUGUAGUACAGCUCUUUUCUGCCCUCUUCUGGAUAUAGAUGCACAUUGCACUGUCUUGGCCUUUUUAUACAAACACCUUAUAAACUAUGAUGUACAGUAUGUUUCCACUGCUCAGGAAUCCCUUACUCAGUCAAGAUGUUUCACAAAAUGAAUUUUCAUCAGCUUGACCUGACUUCUUUUUCAAUAUCUCUAAUCUCUAACGCUCUUGUCUUUGUCCCCAGAGUCCACAAAGAUCACCUUGGCUCCAUCGAACGCUGACAUUAAAUUGGGCGAAACCGCCUGGAUGCAGUGCGCCGCAUCACAUGACCCCUCUCUGGACAUCACCUUCAUAUGGUCCCUGGAUGGCCGCGUGAUUGAUCUGCACAAGGACAGUGAACAUUACGAGCGCACCCCGGUGAGAUAACAUGCUGUACUUUGCAUAAUGAUGUUAUAAAGAAAAUCUACAUAGCUGCUCGGUCCAAGCCAAGUAACCCCAACAUCACGAGUAGAAACACUUAGCCCUUGAAUGGAGUUCAUUCAGGUCAAAUCAGCCUCUGCCGGACAUUUAUUUGAAUACCUGAAAUGGAAAAGUUCAGCCUACUUUAGCUUAAUAUGGCUGUAAAAGUCAUUCUGAGUGGAGAGUUGCAUUUUAUAACAGUCAAAUAGUCAUUCCAGCCAACGGCCAUUAUUGUUGACAUGACCUACUCUCCCAAGAGCAGCUCUAACCAUAAGUUAGGGGUUUGCAUUUCCCAUUUGUCCCUGUGCCCGUGAGGCAAAUAGCAUAUUACAAUCAUGAUUGAUGUUGACCAGUUUUUGUACACAGGGAGGAUUUUCCCCUCGUAAAACUGGAGUCUGAUUCUACCUAAUACUGUUUCUGUGGUUCUCUCAAACAAGUUCAAAGUAGUCAUGUAUUUUUUUGCUGGUUUUCUGUUCUAAGUGGAUCAAACCAGAGUGAUCAGACAUCACUCUAUAGAAAAAAAAGUGACAGACAUGUCCACUGUCCCUCAUCGGAUGUCCUUCUUGUCCUGCAGGAUUCAUCUAAUGGCGAUAGUGAUAUUUAGUUUUCUUUUUCCGAAAGAGAAUUUUUAGAAACUAAGAAAACAUUGGAGAUUAGAAUUUUACUUUGAUUGAUAAUGAAUUAAAUUUGACUCCCUUUUCAGUGAAUUGUGGUCUGUUGUCUGUGUUGUUUUCUGCAGAAUGGGAGCUCGAAUGGUGAACUGAUGAUCAAGAACGCCCAGCUGAAGCAUGCUGGACGUUACACUUGCACCGCUCAGACCCCCAUUGACAACGUCACCGCCCAAGCCCACCUGGUUGUCAGAGGUGAGUCAUAAGUGAUGCUGUUACAGAUGCACAAAGUCAUGAAUGUAAAGUUGAAUAAAGACUCAGUUUCUUUGAGUUGAUUUUAACAGUUUUGUUCAGUUUUAUGUGCUCUCCUCACUGGUUUGAAAUGGGCAGGACUAACUCGUGAGCUGAUGAUGUCACUUCCCUCUGUACCCAUAUAAGGACAAAGAAACAUCGGCAUCGAACUCUAAUAACAAUUGGUCUUGUGUGUAGGGGAUUGUAAAGUAAAUCUGAUCAAACACAUUCCUCAAAUUUUUAGUGUAUUAGAAUAACUUGGACUUUGAUAGCUAUUGAUUUAUGAAUCAUUUGUGAUGAAAAACACCUUCAAGGCCCUGUCGUCAGAGUUAUUCGUCUUUGGAGGUUAUGAAACUGAACUCUAGACUUUAUAACAUCUACUUGGUUUAUUUGCUUGUGCCCUGGAAAGUGGAUAAUGGCGACAGAAAGAGAGGAACCAUGAAAAGAUGGCUGUGUCUCAGUGGAGAGUCUGUUGCUGCUCAAUCUCAGAGCAGGCUGUGGGUAUGAUCUCAUAGGGCUGGACGAUAUGGCCUCAAAUCAAUAUCAUGAUAAAUUGAGCAAUUCACCUUGCUAACAAUAAAUGGAUGAUAACUACUCCACAAGUUGCUCACCCCCUCCCACAUUAACUUUGUCUACUUUAAAAAGUAGAUUUAAUUUUUUGGUCAGUUAUUGGUCAAGAGUAGGGAUGGCAGUUAAUAAGUUUUACUGCUGCUGAUACCAUCAUCAAUUACAGUUGUUGACCCAGCCCUUUAUUGAUUCCUGUGGAUUUCCUACAAGGGAAAAGUUGGCCUUAGCUUCACAAAUUCUUUUACAAGUUUUCUGACUGGCUUUUGACUGGGCCUUUACAGGUCAUUUGAUCACAGAUACAGCCUCUGAUUGGUCCACAGACCAAAACAAAGAUGACAGUCUCUAUCUGGUUUAAGCCAACAACAAUCGUGAACUGUUUAGCCAUAAUAAAUACAUCAAAAAACCUUACAGAUUACCUUUGUUUUUGAGGGAUUGGUUCUGGACAGUCUCUUAAACACACUGGUCUUCUCAGUGGGAUAGAAAAAGUCCUCAAAGUCACAGAAACACAGAUGUUAACACUGGAAAGCUGCUAGUCUGACAGAAUUUAAAAAAUAAAUAAAAACAAGCAAAAGAGUCUGGCUGCAGACCUCUAGUGUCAGGACCCCUCAUAGCAGAACCCAUACUGUGAGGACCCACCUCAACUGAACGGACUGAAAGUUGAUUUGACGCCUUCAAAAUAAUAGCUAAUAUACCGGGAGUACAAGUUGAUUCGAAGACUUUCAAAUUAAAAGCCAUUAGACUGGGGAGUACAUAUUUUUUGUCUCUUGUAAAUAUAUUUAAUUUCUUGGGACUUUAUUUGAUGUAUAUAAUGUUAAUCAGGUUUUUUGUGUAUUCAUGUGUUAAAGACAAAAUACAAAAUGGGAUUACCACUUCAAACAAACUGGAGUGCGUGAAGAAAACGUCACUUCCUCUCAGUGGAGGUGGGUCCUGACAGUGGAGGUCUGCAGCCAGACCUCUCUUGAACCAAGAGGAAUUCACGGAUAAGAGAUCUGUUGAGCAUUAAAGCCAAAGAUGUAAAUAGACAAAAUCUGUUGAAAUUGGUUCUCAGUUAUUAUCCCUAGUCAAGAGUGAGACUUCAUCCACACAAAGUGAAAGAAAAAGUGUUGAAUUAAUAGAAUGAUAAGGGAGGUACAUUGUUUCCCCAUGAAGCAGACUGACAUACUGACUAUCCGUCUCCUUGAAAGAUCAGUCCAAACUUAAGGCUGCCUCCUCAAGGGUGAUUCAUCUAGAUAACAGUAUUGUGCUUUCUGUCUGGACUCGGGAGUCUUGCCUGUAGAUAGCAUUUCUGAAAGUUGUUAUCUGUGUCUUGUUUCCAAACCGUGUCUUAUUAGAAGCAGUAAUAGAUUUGACUGAACUUGAUGGAACAAGCAUUCUUUGAGUCAAGACGUGUGCUGAUUUAAGUGUCAGUCGUCAGCAUGAAGAAACAUUUACGGAGAGUUUUGGCGUUAAACAUCAAACAGGUUUUGGUUGUGUAAUACCUUGGAUGGGUGUUUGAUGACUAGUGUGGCAGAACAACAUAGAUCUCUUAUCUUCUCACAUAGAUCUCUUAUCUUUUCAGCUCUAUGUUUUGAUACGCAGCACUGCUGAUUUCAGCGAUUGUUCCUCCUGCCACAUUCAAAUAUCAACACUCACUAAAUAAACUCAACCAAACUUCCUCACUGCUCCGUCUGUCAUUUAGUAUGUUUCACCUCCUGGAUGAUUCAUCGGACUGUGUUUUCACCUCCACUUCCUGAUGAGUGACGGCUUGCCUCACAGCCCUCCUUCUCUGGUCUUGAAACUGGCGGACAAAGGGUCUCUUCAGAUAGCAACCAAAGAGCUCCAGCAGUGAUCUGGAUGCCAGUGAUCCCUGUUUUUUGCCCUGGGUGUGCUUCCAUCACUUCGUCUUUCUGAGCAGGUGCUGACAGAUAGCCAGGUGAAUGCACAGCAGCUGACUGUGACGUUUCCCACAGUGGAACCAAAACACAGGCCCUAAUGGAGUGCCAAAUGCCAACAGUCCGGGGCGCAGCGAGAGAGGGAUGAAAGACAGCCAUUAAUCACGUCAGAUGAGGAAACAGAUCUGCUGCAGAGGAUUGUGGGAGUGAAAAAACACAGCUCUGCACCUGUAGUUUGUUAUUAGUGGGGAUUUGAGAUAGGUUGGAGAGCUGUUUUCUUAUGACGGCUGGUAUUUAUGUAGCAUUAUGUUACAGUCCUUCCUGAACUGAUGUUGAGACAAGCCUCUGUUAAUGUAAGCAUCUGUUAAUGAGGGAAAAUAUUUAUCAACUUGAUCAAAUGUAACUUCCUCUAACUCAGUCCAUCAGUUGGUAACGUUUCAACAGUUUAAUAAACUCUUGCUGAAGAAAAUUAGACAACAUUUACAUGAUAUUUCAUCUCUUCACUGACAGUAAAGAACAGUAUUUUUUCCAUGCUUAGCUUUCUCCCCUGACUCUUGGAGGAAAGUAGAAGCUUAAGGGCUGUCCACUUUUGGCUGUUUAAUCGCCUUACAUGUCUUGGCUCAUAUUCAUGACUUGGAAAGAGUAAAUCCUGGCUGAUUUCAGAGGCUGUGGGUUGGGAGGCUAACCCUCGCACAGUCUGGGUUUUCUAUUAGGACAUUUUUUAUGUUCCAGAGGAGGAAUCAAAAGGAGCAGGAAGACCAAGAGAAACAUUUGAUUCAAAAGCUUUCGCCGAAGCUUUGGGUCAUGUAUGUCAAUGGUUGCUUAACUUUAAUGUGUUAAUCCAUCAGGCUUUUAAAGAAGAGACUCAAAAGGGAAGAAAUGUAAGGGUGUUGAUGUUCUCUUCUGGUUACAUGCAAGUCAAACAGAGGUCUCUUUGCAUUCUGGUGUUGAGGAUAAAGUUAUUAAAGGGCUCGGGACUCAUGCCAAGAAUUCCCCCAUAAGCCUGAAGAAAGAUAAAGCUCCUUUAAUAACGCUCUCUCUCUCUCUCUCUCCCCUCUCUUUCUCUCUGUCUACAGCAUGUGAGCAAGUAGGACAUUCACUAUCUGCCCGGGGGACAAGUCAAAGUGGGCACUUGUGUGAUUUUAAACUCGUGAACUUGAGGCUAAGGGACAAUGUCACUUGUUUUCGUCGCCCGUCAAACAACACCUUUAGCUUGUCUCUUGUUCUUUUUUUUUAAUUCACCCCAGGCCCCCCCGGUGCCCCAGGUGGGGUGCGAGUGAUGAACAAAACUGACAAGACUGUGACAUUGCAGUGGAGCCGCGGAGCAGACAACCACAGCCCCAUUUCUAAAUAUACCAUCCAGUACAGGGACUCCUUCUCUAAGGACGUCUGGAAGACUGCCACUACAUGUGAGAAUUCCAGUGCAGCGCUUGGUCAAAUAAACACUGUUAGUUUAAUGCUGAGCUGGCUCGAGAGUAAUAAUAAUUUAGGUCAUGCCACAUGGUGAGACUGUAGGGCUUUAUGGUGGUUCAUGUGUCUUAAAAGUAGCUACAAUAUAAUUAAAUUCAGCUCACAGACUUAAAAUACAGGAAGAGCUUCCAAAAAUAAAGCCUCAUUGUUAUUUUAAGGAUAUUUAAGAUAAAUUGUGGUGAAGCACAACCUAAGCUAUAUCAUGUUUGAACGUACCUUUGUGUUAGCGUUGUAAAGUAACAUCUGUGCAUUUUCUCUGUAGCUCCUGCAGAUGUAGAGGGGAACACAGAGAUGGCCACAGUGGUGGAUCUGUUCCCCUGGACAGAGUACGAGUUCAGGGUCAUCGCCACCAACACUCUGGGGAUAGGAGAGCCGAGCAGCCAAUCACCUAAAGAGAAAACACUGCAAGCAAGUAAGGUCAUAUCUCAACUGGUGUAUAAAAGCGGUGUAACUCGAAAGGUCAGCGAGGUUCUGUCCCCACAGUCCAGCUUUCCGCUCUGCUUUUAUUCUUCAUAAUUCCAUUAUAGCACUGUUUACAUAUGCUAAGUAUCCCUGUAGAAAUGAGUCAGCAGAAACCUCAUCAGUCUGUACUUCCUACUGCAGGAGCACGCUGCCAAACUAACCGCACAAACCUCUACAAAUGAGCACUUUGCUGAAACUGUAUACUGAAAUUCAAUUAUAAAAUGGAAAUCACAGGCCUGCUGUAACCCCUCUUAAAAAAAUAAUCAUCAUUUGAGCGUGAGCUUCGAGACUCAAGGCAAAACAAGGGAACUCUUGCCCCUCUGUCUCCUUUGGUGGCAGCGUUCCCACACUGACAUUAAGGUGUUGCAUUUGGCACAGAAGCAGACAUUGAUAUAGUAUUUGCAGAGGAAGGAUGUUUCAGUUCGGCUGCCAGGGAUAGGUUUCAGCCUGUGUGGGUUGGCGUUGUUUGUGUGGAUUCUUAGCAUGUGGGUUUCAGAGUUUUGCUGUUGCUGUCUCAUUGUUGUAGUUCCUGUGGUGGCGCCCUCGGACGUCGGCGGGGGCGGAGGGACCAGCAGAGAGCUGACCAUCACAUGGACGGUAGGUCUGGACUUUCCACUGUGUUCAGAGGGGAAUGAGGUCACGGGCUCACAGGAAGGAGACAUGCUGCUGUUAUCUCAUCUUAUUUGAACCCAGAGAGAUUGAUUAUUUUUAAUAUGAGUUCAUUAAAACCUUGAUUUAAUAGCACCCUUUAAACAAAAGAGGUAAAAUGAUUCAGGGAGAAAAAAAUACAAGCCCCAAGACAAAGCAAACAAAUUAAACUUCAUAAAUCAAAACCGCCAACUCUGUGUCGGUAGAUUCACACUUUGUAGACACUGAUAUUUUUCAGGAUCAUUAUUUUGUCAGUACAGAUCAAAAGGUAUUGCAGGAUUUUGUUGCAGAUCAGUUAAAUGGAUUAGAAGUAAGAAGAGAUGGUUUUAGGAUUAAACUUGUAAUACAGAAAUGAACCAGUGCUUUCUUUCUUUCUCUUCUUCUUUAUUUAUCUCAAACUUUAAUAACAACAACAAGAAAAGAAAAAAAAAAACAAGAAACAAAAACACCAAACAAAAUAAUACAUAUGUACACCAAACAACUGUACGUGUCAAAGAUAGAUUUACACAACAUAUGUAUGUCAAAAACAACCAGUUUGAGAAGGAACAGAAUGAAGCAAAGACCUUAUCUAGUCCUGCCCUUUUUCUUGGAAAUUAGAGCCAAUAAUGAACGGGAAAAAAAAUAAUCUAGUUGUAUAAAUUACAAAGAUCUACAUAUUAUACACAAAGAUAUCUACUUAUAUUUGCUUGUAUCAAAGCUGAAUAUCAAAACAAGCUGAAUGGAUGGUACUAUUUCAAAACAAGAGGUAUAGUUCUUUUAUUUCUCAAACUAUUGGACCAAAACUUUGAAAAUCAAAGAGGUGUUUUAGUUUUUUUUAUCAAAACGAGAGCAGAACAAAUGUGCCGUCGUGUCUCUGUGCUUGCAGGGUUUAAAGCUCCAAAACAUCAAACUUCAACAGGCAUGUAUUGAAAAAAAGCUCCAAAGUUUCUUCGCCCAUUGUUAGAAAUAUAGUUAUGUCUUUUUAUAGACGGCUAAAGUAUCAGGUUUUAGAGGGGAUGAAUGAAACACUAGUACUUCAAUAGAAAAAAAAAGUAGAGCAGAGAAUUGUCAAACUUCAGGAAAGAAUAUCUGAACAAACUUGGAUCAAUUCAAACCACUAAUACCCCUUUAUACCAAACAAAGCAAUCACUCUCAACAGAAAUCAAUACCUACGCUGAAUCAUUAUCUCAUCUUUUCCUCCAUGCAGCCCUUAAUCAAUGAGCUUUUAUCAGUAAAUUACCUUUUGCUUGGCGGAGGAAUCGCCUCAAAUUCCGAAGCAGUGGUUAGCGGUGACUAAUGCAGGCAUGUCCUACCAGACAUCUGGUGUGUCAAUAAAGUCAGAGUCCAGACAGAGGAAAUGAGACUGCAGGACUGAUCUUGAGAGAUAAACUAGCAGAUAUAAAAACAUUGAACUUUUUGGGUGCAAUCUGUAUCAGCAAAAUGUAGACACUGUCUCGAAUGUAUGUUGUGUUUUUCCGUCCUUUAUUUCAAUUUAUAACUUUGAUAUUUGACAGUAAGUUUUGUUUGCACCUUAUAGCAUUGCUUUUUAUUUUGUUUGAGGUAUUCUUUUCUAUUCUUUUGCCUUUUUUAUUUGAAGAGGUAAAUAAACCAUCAUUGAUUAGAGGGACUGGGCAUGUUUGGGUUAUGCUGUUCAUCCUGGAGGUACUGUUAGCCGAUUAGGCAACUCUGUUCUGAUCGGUGACCUGUAAGCUUGAGAAAUGUGGUAUAAAACAUCAUCCAAAUAAAUGUGAUUGUUUGAUAUUUCUCUCCACAGCCUGUUCAGCCCCAGUACUACUACGGGCCCAAUUUUGGCUACAUAGUGGCCUUCAAGCCACAAGGAGGGAACGAGUGGAUGAAAGUGACAGUAGCGGACCCCCAAGCCAAACACUACGUCCACAAAGACCCCAACAUCCCUCCAUCAACGGAGUAUCAAGUCAAAGUCAAAGCAUUCAACAGCGAAGGAGAGGGACCCUUCAGUCUAACAGCUGCUAUUUAUUCAGCGCAGGAUGGUGAGCACCAAAUCGUACAGAUGUACAGCUCUCAGCGCUGAAGAGUAAAGGGAAAAUGAGCCAAAGCGAUCUUGAAACGAUGCCAGAGAUCAGCUUGUUUCUGUUUUCUCAUUGUCACACUAAAAUGAGGAACUCUUCGAUAUGCCAUCACUCCGCUAUUUCAAUCUGUCAGUGUCAGCUACUUAUCACUAGUCUGCUUUUCAAUGGAGUAGGAUCUAUUUAAUAGGAGUUCUCAUGUAUAGUUGUGUGGAAUUUUAAUACCCCUUGAAAGUGAGCCUCCAUCUCUCUCUCUCUCUCUCUUUCCUGCGGGGGGAUUAUCAUGAUCUCUGUAGCAUGAACCAGAAAGCUGAUAAUUCACCCAAGGAUGCAAAGCAUUUAGCCUAGUUAUUAACUUCCACUGACAGACAGUUGAGAUAACCACUGGCAAUCCAGACAUGAUGGGUUAUGGAGAUGCCCCGUUGCCAUGGUAACCGGUUUUUGGGGGAACACAUGCCGUUUGAUUGUCUGCGAUUUUACAGCUAAGCCUGCGAAGUGCUCUGACUAAAAGGGGCGUGGCUGUUUGUAUUUUUGUGCACGCAGGUCGAGCGGGGUUGUUUUUUCGCCUGUGUUUCAGCGUUCAGCACAGCGACAGUGUGUGAUAGGUUGCUGGUCCACGGCCCAGUGUGACAAUUUAACACUGGAGGACAGUUUCCUGGCAGGGACAGUGUACACACAGUCAAUAAGUGGCUCAUAAGUCACGGAGGGUGUCUGCAAGCCCAGUGAGGGAAUGUGGGCCAGAAGAGAUUUCUGCCACCUCAUUUGUUUGAAACUGUGAUUCAUUCAUGUUACCGAAAUGAUGUUGCUGCUGCACCACUUAGAAAAAGGAGCAUCAGUAAAGCUAACAGACACAGACAGGAAAAGCUGUCUGCUGUUUAUGGUCAGAGUAAUGGAUCCAUUAGCGAAGGUGUGGCUCGCUGUAAACCUAAACAGAUUCAUUUGUUGAAAAUGUGUCAUCAGAGUCUGGUGUGUGCAAAAGAAAAACUACUUCUGAUAGACGUGUCGUUGUUUCUCUGUCUUAUAGCUGUUUUCUUUUACUGCUCUUUCUGCCCUUUUUUCCAGCUCCAUCUGAAGCUCCUGCUGGAGUCGAUGGCAAAGCUCUCUCUGCUACAGAAGCCAUUGUUAGGUGGCGUCAUCUCCCACAGAGCAAUAUAGAUGGAUACCAGGUGAGUGGACACUGUGGCCAAGUGGGAAAGAAAUGAUGUUCUUAGCCACAGGUCAUCUGGCAGUGAUGUUUUUGGCAUGUUUAACCUAAGGCUGUCAAAAAUUCUGAUGUUUUAAAGACCCACUCCGAUGAAAAUCAUGUUUUUCUUGUUGUCUACAUGUUCAUAUGGCAUCUUUCUGAUGCUAGAGGACAUAGUAUGAGAAAACUAAAGUGCGAAAUUACAUUUCUGAGUAUUUCUGCAGUUAAAUAGCUGUGAAUCUCUGGCAGACCCAAACGGCAGGCUCAGAUUCUUGAAAAUGACACAGGUAACAUGAUUUUGGCUAAAAACUUCAACAACUUAAAGACAACUGAUAACAUUUUAAGUAGUACAAAGUGACCAGAGUGGGACUUUAAGACUUUCAGACAUUUGAUUGUAUCGAAAAUGACAAAAAGAUAAAUAGAUCAACACUCCGGUUUUCAAUGAGAAGCUGCUAAGAACAAAUGAGAGUAAGAGAGCGAGCAGUUGUGGUUGAUUGUUCAAAUUCAGGUGUUGUGAUGACUGUAGAUGAACCUGUUGUUGUUAAAAAUGACACUUAGAUCAUGCCUGCCAUGAAAGUAAACACAUUGAUGUGUACAAUCAGAAUCAGGUUGUUUGUUUCUGUCAAUGAAAAAAAAAAUCAUGAUUAUUAAUCUUUCCUGUUUUGUAUGCUGUGGGUCAAUUUCAGACCACCCCUCCUUUCUUAAGUCAGCCUUCUCAUCUGUGUUCUUGUGUGUUUUCAGGUCAAAUACUGGAGGAAUCAGGAAGAAAGUGAGGGGGGCGCCCAGAGGGUGGUGGUAUCCAGCAUGGACAACCACACCAGGUUGGAUGGGAUGAAGGCUGACUCCUCCUAUCUUAUAGAGGUCCGGGGUUACAACUCAGCAGGAUAUGGCCCACCCAGUGAACGCCUUCAAAUACAAACUAAGAAACCCCGUAUGUUUGGCUUUAUUUUUAGUUAUUUCUCACAAUCUGCAUCCAUCUUCCAAGGCUAUGGUUAAUAACUUUUUUGUGUGUCUUUACCAGCUCCAAGCCAAGCCCCAAGAAUACUUGGUAAAAAGAACAAGGGCACAAAAAUAAACAUUGCCUGGGAGCAUGUGGAACCACUGCCUAAUGAGGCCCCCAUAGAUGGUUACAAAGUGAGUACGGCUCUGCUUUACUUCUUACUGUUACAAAUCCCCCUGAAGGACCAGUAUUGUAUUUUGUCCUCUUAAUGUGUAUAGGUGCUGUGCAGCGAGGAGGGACAGUCACAAGCCAUCCUGUACACCACCACUAAACGGUAUAUAGACCUUCCUCUUAAGCCAGACAAGAACUAUGUUGUGGAAGUGCGGGCGUACACUGAGGGAGGAGACGGGGCUGUGGCGAAGAUCAGCAUCAAUGGAACCCAAGGAUACAGAAGUAAGAAGACAUGGUCUAGGUCUUAAGUAGAUUAGGACGAUUUUUCAAAACAGCUGGAUAAGAAACAAAAAUUAAAAAAAAACUUUUUUGAGCAUCGACCAAAUGAUCCAAAUCUUGAAGGACAGACGAGCAUCUCAAGUAUCACUAGUUAUAAGACUGUCAAAAACAGAAAGUUAGUCACCUACAGCUACCUCACCUACUCUCUUCCAGCAGCCGUUUGUUUGUAGGCAGAGCUCGGACGAGUCCAUCACCGACUGCAGUGGGGUGACGCAGCUCAAGGAAGAACAUUUAUGAUAAUUUCUUCAUGGAAAUGCAAUCAGACCGAGACGCUAAGGCAGAAGAACUACCACGUUUACAGUGCAAAAUGAAUAGUAUGAUGAUUAUUACGUCAAGGAAAUUAUGUGCGCAUGGAGACGUAGACCGCCGUGUAUUGCUAUGGUGCGGUCAUUACUAAAGUUGGUAUAACUAGAGAAGCACGCAGUCGGCAACAUUCAUCUCUCGAAGGGGUGUUUAACUCGGUGUUAUGGUGUGUUUGACCCGAACUUAAUUUUACACUGGAAUAUCCCUUUAAAUUUGGUUGUCUGUUAAAUGACAGCUGAAAUUUAGCUACGAGAAAUGUAUUGUGUAUUUGCAUUUUGCCUAACUCACUUAAACAUAAAUGAAAAGAAAGCAAAAUAGCAAAAUAAAGGAGCCGCUCAGGUAUCUAGUCAGAUAUGAAAUCCAUAGUGCUGAGGUAAUAGACUGUGACUGUUCAUUUCCAUCCUUUGUUAGUUAGAUUACAGCAGGUUCAGAGUUUGUAGUAGGUUAUCAUUUGUCACAGCUGAGGGUCCCUCUGAGCAGAGCUGUCACAUCAGGUUUCAUACCUUCCGCCGCAGAGAUGAGAAACUUUACGGUUCGUGACUAAAGCUCCGAGGGCCCGCUGGCUCCAUCCCCUCGCUGGCUGAUGGACUGACAGGUCGGCUGGCUGAGUGGAGGAGUCCUUAAUCCUCUGUAAUUGAUCUUGAUGAGUUGAGGAAACCCCUUCUGCGGUUCUCCUUAUCCCUUAUCAUUCAGUCCAGGCCCACCUGACAGCUUGAUUUCACAGAGCCGGGGAUUUAAACCGUAGGGGAUUUCAAAUGCAGGGCGGUGACAAAUGGAGGGCCAUUUGAGGCGAUCUCCACAUAGAUGGGGUAUAAUAUCACACUUCCCCCCAAUAUGGUCUCCAGUUUGAUGGAUGAGAGCUGGACAGUGUGAGUCUUUGCAGCAGAUUUGACUGUCAUGUUUGUUAUUUUUAAGGCUAGUUUGACGUAUCUGUUCUUCUCGUCUCUCUCAGGUGGAGGUGUCAUGGCCGCCCUGUCUCUUAGUAUACUUCCCCUGCUCCUGGUGGCUGUCCUCUGGCUGAACCUCUGAAUGUAGCGCCAUCUUUGCCUUCACUCGCAGUGAAGGGGACUUUUAAUGGUUGACGCCUAUGAGGACUUUGGGACUCUUUCCACAAACUUCUGGUACCGCCCAUAAACCCAGGACGUCAUAUUCCAACUCCUUCCCCUCGUCUGGAAUAUGUUUGUGGAAAUGGAAAAAAAAAAUUGGAAAUGGACAAAGACAUCCCUUAUUUAUCCACGAAAAGCCUCUCUGGAGGAGUGUCAAAGGAGUUCUGUCAACUUUUUAAAUAUGCCUUAUAUAAAUGACUGCACUUAUCUGUCACAGAACCUUGUUUGAAAAUGGAUCCUGACUGAAAGUGUGAGUAGCACACUUUGAAGAGGCUUGAGUCGAGUCUUUCUUAUCACGAAGCCGACGUUUCUUCUCACUCUGUUUGGAAAUGUGGGCUUUGUUUGAUCCUUGAUAUUUCAGUGCAUUCCAUAGUACAAAGUGAACAAGCAGCCGUGAAGGAUAAGUGUACUCGUUUAUAAAAAUGUCUUUAUGUCUUUCUUUACCUGCAGUUCAGUGGCAUUUUCUUCUCUUUUCAUUUUUUAAAAUGAAGCACACUCUUUGUUACAGAGAUACAGUCAAAGCAAAUCUCGACCUCAAUUUUAUUAACAAACAUAGACGAGUGAUAAGCGAUUUUUGCCACGCUGAAAGACUAUAACCAAUAACUGAUAUGUUUUUUUUUUUAUCUCAAAUACUAUCGGUGUUGUUCUGAGAACAUUUUUAGAUCUGCAAUCAACGCUUAUUUCCAAAUCCUGACAUGUGCUCUAUUAAUAGAAAACCAUCCCCAGAGACGUGAGCAUGUUGACAUUGUUACAAGGAAGAAACAUUCGAGAUGGUUCAAAGAGGUGAGGCACAUUGAUCCGCGUUUGCAGAGCUGAAUGUAGAGGGAGUGAACAGAACAUAUCAAUGUGUUUCAGAUGCAAAACUGCAGAAAAACAAUGCCCAACGGUGACAGUGAUUUAAGCGAUCAUGUCGAGGUGUAGAAGGCGUACGAAGAGGGAAGACUAAAUUAAAUCCAGAAGACUAACUUUUGUUUUGACUGUAUCCUUAGGACCUCUGUGGUACCAGCUGGUGCUUUGUAAAGAAUGUUGGCAUUUUGUUUCAUGUAAACAUUUUUUUCCUUCCUGGCUUUGUGUGAGAGUCUCUAUUAACAGUCUCAGUGGACAGUAGCGACGCUCAUGCCCUCCAAUAAUCGUGCAAUGUUUGACUCAUCUGUUGCUACUUCAUAUUUUCUAAUAAGACAACUUGCCUAGCUCCUUUAACAGUGAUCUAGUCUGUUUUGUUUUGACAUUUUUCUGCUACAAACAGAAGCAUAAACAAAGCCAUCCAUGUCUGCAGGGAGAGUUUUAUUCUUAAGCUCUGCUGCGCUGUUUUUUGUCUUUUUAUUAACAUGUAUUCAGAGAUAUAUAAACAUUUUCAGCUGUUGUUGUUUUUUCUUCAUGACUAUUAUAUUUGUAUGUCAUGUCCCACCUCUAGCUGGACAGUUUGAAGUUGAUUUCCCUCGUAUGGAGGAACAAAUGCUGUGUUUUUAUCUCCUCCCAUUUAUUUCUCAUAUGAUGAUGCUGGCCAUGCUUCUACAUUGUGACUAUAUCAACAUCCACCACAAAGUGCUUUUCCCCCGUUUUCCUUCAUGCGACAAAUCAUUAAAAAAAGAAAGGGUUGCCAAAUGCAUGAAUGCCUUGAACUUUGACAUUUUGGACAAAGCAGCAGCUCUACAUUUUAACAUGCAUGACAUUGGAGAUGAAACGGUACAUUCUUUUGCAACAAAUCAACAUCAUAGCGACUUCUCUCAGCUUCAUAUGAAAUACAUUCCAUUCCUGAGUGACAUCCCUUUACGUCAGAGUCAGUAGAUGUGAGCCUAAUAUGUGCAUUAGCUGCUAAGCGUCAUUAAGCCAGUCAUCUCAUGUGAAGCCUGGAGAGAUGAUGAUUUGUUUGGAGGGAAAAUCUUACACUGACUAAAGGAAUCUCACUCACAGAAGUUCAGAAAAGGUCCUGCAGUCUCGCACACUCGAUGGUUUUGGAUUUGAUAGCAUCACUGGUGGCAGUGGCGGCAUGUUUGGCUGUUAGCUGGAGUUUGGCUCUACGCCGGACUUGAACGGCACUUGAGGGAUGAAACUGGAAACUUAUUGGCUGGAAAAGGAACAAUAAAAGUGUAGUUAACUAUUGAAGUA